AACACAGUGAGGGCUGUGGCUCAUUAGAAUAUUUUGACAUUUCUGAUGGGUGUGAAGGGCUGACUGCUGGAGGACUCAGGACCCACCCUGCAGUCUAUCAAUGCAGCUGGAGUCUGCCUUGAGGAGGAGUCAGGGUGAGUGUCAGUCAGCUCCUUCCUCGGUGCUAUUACUGAGUGCUAGCCGCUAGAAGAGGAGGUACCCAGGCACAGAUAUUAUUCUAUCUUCCUCCACAGCUGCCAUCGGACCUGGGGUCUGGGUAUCAGUCCUGAUCCUGCUGAGGAGGGAGCCUGGGCAUCCCUUAUUCACUGAUAUCUACCUCCAAGAAAGCUGAGGAUCCCGUGAGCUUUGUGUCUGCACAGGGACAGUUUGUAAACUGCUUCCUCUGAUCCAGUCUGUGGAUCCCCCGUCCCCUCUGAUACAGUGUAUCCAGUUUGUGGGUGCCCCCUGUCCCUUCUGAUACAGUGUAUCCAGUUUGUGGGUGACCCCUGUCCCCUCUGAUACAGUGUAUCCACUUUGUGGGUGCCCCCCUGUCCCCUCUGAUACAGUGUAUCCAGUUUGUGGGUGCCCCCUGUCCCCUCUGAUACAGUGUAUCCACUUUGUGGGUGCCCCCCUGUCCCCUCUGAUACAGUGUAUCCACUUUGUGGGUGCCCCCCUGUCCCCUCUGAUACAGUGUAUCCACUUUGUGGGUGCCCCCCUGUCCCCUCUGAUACAGUGUAUCCAGUUUGUGGGUGCCCCCUGUCCCCUCUGAUACAGUGUAUCCAGUUUGUGGGUGCCCCCUGUCCCCUCUGAUACAGUGUAUCCAGCUAUUCCCCCAUCCCCUUCCUCGGACUGUCUGCAGGGAUGAUUGGACUAGCAGCUAAGGUAGCCAAGGACCGGGCUCUAGCUGAUGGCUAUGGCACCAAUGAAAUGGCUUUGAAAUACCUCAACCAGGACUAUGAAGCCCUAAGGGAUGAAUGCUUGCAGUCUGGGACUCUGUUUAAGGACCCCUCCUUCCCUGCUAUCGGUUCUACUCUGGGAUUUAACGAACUGGGACCAAAUUCAAGCAAAGCCCAAGGUGUGGUGUGGAAGAGGCCCACGGUAAGUGUGAGUCAGAGUGGGGAGGGUGCUCAGACACUGCCAACAGCAGUGGGAACAGGGAUUCCCUUAAAGGGACCGAGCUGAUAACUCCCCAUGCUCUAAUAGUUCUAUAAUUCAUAUAAUAAUAGAUCAGUACUGUGUGCAGACUGACCCAAUCCUGCAGGUUCUGAGUCACAUUGAGGAGGGUGCUCUGACACUGCCAGGAGUUUAUUAAAUCAUAGUCCACAGCUCAAAGUCCUGGGAUUGAAUGAGUUAAGGUAUCAGAAUGUAGCUCUAAUUAUCAAAUAAAUAACUUUUUUUGCAGCCAGACUCAGCUACUAGUUUAUACUGGGUCCCAGUGCAAUGAAAACUAAAGUAAGGGGUGAUUUUAUAACCUUGUAAAUCACACAGUAUCGUUUAGUGAAGGUUUGUCAGGAAGUGAUUGAUGGUGAGUAGUAACUGAAAGGAAAUUAUUAUUAAUCAUUAUAGCUUAGUGUCACAUGCACUGCCCAUAUGCUGGACGUUUUAUUAUGUCAUUUCCUUUAUUAAAGUUAUUGUAUAAAUGUAAAGACUGUUUUAAAGGGAUAUGUAGUGGUUAUGGUGGCAGCAGUCCCCUGGCAUCGUCCUACAGUAAGCUGUCAAACCAUUUAUGGACUGCUUGACUCUUCCUGGCUACCACAAAAUAGUGUUUAGUGAAUCCUCAUAUUGCAGUAACAGGACCUGACUGAAAAUGAUUGUAUUUACGAUCCUCUGCAUUACAGGUAGAGUUAAUGGGUAGAAAAAUAGCCAAGAUUACUGCAGGUCAAUAACAGUCCUGGUUAGUAACUGGCAGCGAAGGUUGUAGUUUUGGUUACAAGGAAUUUGUGGGGCUUCUAAGCUGACAAGCACGUUAUCCACUAACUGGGCCUGUGCAUGCGCAGAGCACUGUCAACACUCUGUGAAUGCUGCAAAUGCUAUUGGCUGACCAAGAGUGCAUUCAAUAUUGAGCUGUCAGGACACAUCUGAAGGAUAUCUUUGGAGAAAAAAAUAGAAAUAAUUGGAGAUGCUGGGACAGAAACAUGUUAAACGUCCCCAUAUAAAACAUAAAGUUGGAAUGUAUAGUAUGGAAAUACAUUGCCAUUGACGGAUUGUGGAGGGGACUCACAAGACUCCCCUUGUAGGGGAUAAUCACAUUAUGUAUGUCGCCAGCAUGCAGUGCGCACUAACGACAGACGUAAAAUAUGCACAUAAUUGACGUUAUUCAGUCUAGAAUGGAGUUCUGGGCUGUCAAUGUCACGUGUGCCGGGAGUGCAACUAGCUACAAGUGCAAAUUACUCUGAAUGUGCAGUGUUACAAAAUGAAACAUUGCACAUCCAGACUCCAACACAAUGACUACUUCAAAAAGCAGAAGUGGUCAUGAUGGUUGGAGUAACCCUAAAAUAUGGCACCAGACAUUUGUCAAAAUGCAGUAUGUCUUCAUGGAGAGCCAUAAUUACUGUUCAUACCGAGCAUGCACGCAGAUUUUAAAGUUCUAAAAUGUGAAUGUGAUGAAAUCUUGUCACAGGGCGUGGAAUUGGGUUGUUGACCAAUUCAGGUUUAACAAAAUAAAUUACUAAGUGGAUCAAAUGACAUUAAAAAUGGCAUUGUAUACAGGACAUGCAUACAAACAUCACUGUAAUUAUAUACUUUUAUUUUCUAGUAAGGGAACAAUUGAUAGAAAAAAGAAAAGGAAAAAAAAAAACAAUUUAGUUGCAGAAUGCAUGGCCAGAAUUAUAUUCACUUUUUCAUGACUGCAGAACCUCCAGAGUGGUUCAGGAUAUUGGCGUAGGUUUAAUUGAAUAAGACAGGUGUUCAGUAACUAAUACUAACCCUCAGGUGAGCUGUGAAUUUGUUUAUCUCCGGCUGUACUGGAGUUAUUUUCAGGCUAUCCCCUAAAGUGGAAUUUGCUUUAAACUGUAAGUGAAUUGAGUUCCAAAUUUGGAAACAUCCUCCAAAUUAGCUAUUGCAGUAUAUGACUUCAACUAGGUUUUGUCUAGAAUUUCAACUCCUUUUUAACCUCUAAAAUCUUUAAAAUUCCAAUAAUUCGCAGUUUAGUGAUAUCUUUAAAAUUCCAAUAAUUCGCAGUUUAGUGAAUAAGUCUAUGAUGUUUACCGAUUAGCUACUUGUAUGUUCUAGCAUCCUAUUGCUAGAAAUCACCAUCUGUCUUGGGAACCAGGAGUGUGGGCAUGUAGCAGCUCAGGGAUAAUUCCCAGAGGCGUAUAGAGUGCUUUAUUUAGUGCUGGGGGAGAGAAGUUAAGUGCAGUUGUUAUGGUAGCGUAAUUAGUUGCCUCCCAGCCUCCUUGCAUGCACAAGUCCUUCUAGAAACUGUGCUGUCUGACAGCUCAACUAUUGAUGUCAAUAAAGGGGAAUGUAUGGUGCUUUUAUACGAAACUCCAUAUAAUACUAGAGUAUCAAAUGUAAUUACUCACAAAGAGACAAAUACUCCAAUAAUCCCUUUCACUGAUGUCAGUAGCGAAACCUAACUGUAAUACUACCUUUUAAUCCUUCAUUGUGUCGGAAGGUUGUGAUGCUGAGUUCGGUGAGAUGAGGAUUGUGGGUAUGGGUUAGGUAAACAUUUUGUCUAUAGAGGCCUGUUGUGUGCCUAUAUAAUAAUUAAAAUAUUACCAGGGCCAAUGCAAGGAUUUUUGGCAGUUCCUUUGUGAUUUCUCCAUGAUAAAUAAACUAUUUAUCUCUUCAAGUGUAUGAAUGCCAGAUACUACCAGACAACAAUUUUCCAGUAUUCACUAUUCUAUAUUGGUGAUAUACGUCUGGUAAACCUUCGUGAAUAAUUGGACCCAAAUUGGGCAGUGGUUUACGGGACUCAUGUAAUUUAAGAAGGGUGGUUUGAUGCUUAAUAUUUUUUUUUUUUUAAUGCUAUGCCUUUACCAAAGAAGUGAAAGCCAGAUUAGUAAAUACACUAAUUAUAAACAUUAUAAACAUUGUAUAUGUUUGUUUUAUGGUUAGCAUGAUGUAAAGAUAAAAUCUAAUUUCCUAUAAAGUGGUACGUUGUUUUUUUUCCAUGACAGAUAAGUGACGAAAGACCUUACAGAAAAUCGUUGCUUUGCCCUUUACUAAGCCACCAGGGAAGGACACCCAUCUGUAAAGAGAAGCCGUAGCUAUAGGCUUUUUACACCCAUAACUACAUUUAAAAAUUAACCUUUGUGUAUACAAUGUCCACAUGUUCCAUCUGGUGGCCAUGUUUGUCACCAGACGGCACAUUCUUUUAGAAUGUUUUUGUUCUGAACUGUGUUUUUUUUUUUUUUUUUCUCUUAAGAAAACUCUGUAUUUGGUCAGAGUAAAAGAAAACACUUUAGUCCCCACCCCCAUCUUCACAAGGUAAAUAAAUAAAUAAAGACUAUAGCUGCCUCCUACCUCUGUUCCAGCUCCAAAGCCAGGUUCUCCCUGCAGCCUGACCUACCUUGCUUGACUCCACUCUCUCCCUCGCUGAUGGGGGAAGAAUAUCAGGGAGGACAUAAGCAGCACAGAGUGGGAAGAUGUGCCACCAUUGACUGUGUGGCCAGCAUGCUCCCCGUGCUGGUGUCAGAUGCCAAAGUUGCAUAGAAUUCAUACUGGCCAGCUCAGAACUUUUGUAUUAUGACGACUAAUGACACUACCAGAGGUGUAGGUUCACAGAGGAGUUAAACUCUGAUGUGCAGCAAUGCUACACAUACCGAUGCCAGGCACCAUGACCACUUCAAGUCAGUGAAUAGGUCACGCUGCUUAUAGUAACCCUUUAACAUGUUUGUAAAGUUUUAAAAAUUUACUCAGAUAACAUUAGACUCAGAUAACUAGAGUCCUGGGCUGGCUAAUGUCAAUUUUGUGUAACUUUUGAUGCACAGCCUGGCAUGACUCAUUGGCUCACUGGCUUCGGUAACUAUCAGUUUGAUGUCAUCCGGAAGGCAAAACGCCCGGCCUGGAACCACAGCAUAUAAAUACCCAACAAAAUCCAUCUAAAAGCUUUUCAGAAAAUGCUGAGACAGCAGACGUGCACUGCGAGAAAUACAUUAGCUGUAUAGAUUUAUUUUUUUAAAUCCUUAAACGAUUCGCACAAAGUCAUUAGUUGGCUAGCAUUAAAAAUUUUAUCUUCUGAAGGACAUUGUUUGCCUCAUGCAUCGUGAAAUAUGUUAUUCAAUUUUUAAUGAUCUUCUGCAAACAAUCUGGUUUAUUCACUCACAUUUUUUUUAGUGAAUGUAACAUUUUAGGGCACAAUAGUAAAAUUGGGAAAUUCUCCAAGUCAGCUACGUUUACAGUUCUGCUACGUUGGCCUAAAUUUUGGUUUGUUUUCAUUUUGAAUUUCUGACAGUAUAGUCUUUAAGGAAUAACCCAAUCUGGCUUUCCCGGUGUUACGUCCACUUGGUCAACCUAUACUUAUCUAAUAAACACCAGGUUAAGGUUUUUAUAAGAUAAUCAGAGAUAUAAAGUCUAUUAAACCUGUAAAUAUCUGUACUUAGUAGGAUGCAGCUGAUUGAACGCAACGUUUUUAGCAGACAGACUUGGGAUGUUCAUCAGGUCUCUGAGCACCAAAACUGUCAAAUUAAACUGUAAAAAAAAAAGCUUUUAUUGUAAUCACCCAGUCACUCUGUAUUUAUUUUAUAGAAGAGCAUGACUUGAUUUGCUUGUUUUUAUUGGUUAUAAAAAGGUCCAUCCUCAAGGCAGGUUUCUAGAAAAAUUCUGAAGACUAAUCUUGGUAACUCACAUAUUUCUUAAAGGGAUUCUUUAGUGCCAGGAAUACAAAGCUUUAUUCCUGGCACUAUCGCCCCUUCGGCCUACCCACUCCCUUGCACCCUCCCCAAUGCUAAGUAAUGGGUUUAAAACCCUUUAUUUACUUACCUGAUUCCGGCGCUGAUGGUCAUGGCUCCACCUCCUCUGAUGUUACUGACCAGGGGGCAGUAAUGUGCAUGUGUGGAGAGUGCAGCACGCACAUGAGGCCCUCCCCAUAGGAAAGCAUUUAAUCAUUGCAUUUUCUAUGGGGAAAUAGCUGCCGCUGGAAGUCUUCAUGCAGAAUGUGAGGACGUCCAGCAUCAGUUACCGGACCAAAAAUCCGUUAACAUCCAGGAAGUGCCGCUAGUGGCUGUCUGGAAAACAGCCACUGGAGGCAGACAGUCCUGCAAUGUAAACAAUGCAGUUUCUCUCUAACUGCAAUAGGGACGCUGCAUCCAGACUACUUCAAUAAGCUGCAGUGGUCUGGGAGCCAAUAGUGUCCCUUCAACUGCAUUUGUCUUUAUGCUCAGCAAGCUUUAAAGGAAUGCGCCAAGCACCAUAACCACUACAGUGGCAAACGACAGACACUAAGUAAGAAGUAAAUAAAUUCUAAAAUUCUAUAACUACUGUUACCAGAACCACUGCAGAGCUCUGCGAGGGUUAUGGUGCUUGGAGUGUUAAUUUAAUCAACUGUUUCUACCAUUGUGCCAUAGGCACACAUGCACCCUUACAACACCUGUGGGGAUAGCACCAUGGAAAUUGAAGAAAUUAGCAUUGUAUGCCUUGGCUGUGCCAGAAUAGUUUUGGCAAGUGUUGUGUACAUAGCCUAAUGAAAACUAUUGGGUUGUGCAGAAAGCUUUGGGGUCAGAUAAAAGUCUGAAAUGGAGGAUCUGUCCCUUCAUACGACAUACUGACCCAGACGUGUUAAUAGGAACACAUACAUGCACACUCUCUGAUACACAUUUCCUAUUAAUGUGUUAGUAUGUUGGUUUAAACACACAUUCUAGUUGUUAUUUUUAUAUAUCUCUGAUAAUUUGUAUUUGCUGUAAUUAAUUAAAUGAAGCAAGCGUCUCAUUGAAUGAAGUAAAUGAAAUUUUAUCUCAGAUUAGAGCAGAUUUCUCUCCUGGGACUGAUAAACGCUGAGUAAUUCAUUGUGUCUCUGUGUGUGUGGGCUACCCGGUCCAUUAAAAAAAAAAAAAAAAUGUUUCCCGCUUACUUCUUUAUAAACAAUACUUUGUAAAUAAAUGCCAAGUAGAUAUAGUUGUGAAUUUAUUUUUUUACUUAAUUCUACAGCCAUGCUCCACGUGUUUUGCUGUUAUCGUUGGAGCUAGAGAGAUUUACAUUUAAGAGAGAAUUAUUAUUACUUUGACUUUAAUUGUCAUUAAUUGCUACAUUAUGUCAUCGAACAGGAAGAGACCAACCAAAGUGGCCGGUGCUAACACUAUAAAUGACGGGAACCAGGAAUACAUAUAAGAAAAUUGUUGCAUUCAUAAUUUCCCAUGUGCUACUUUGUUGCAAAAUAAACCUCUUCAUAUUUAUGUUGUAGUACCCUAGAUGUCAUUAGAAGGUACAGCGCUAAUUGGGUGUGGAUAUUUGAAUAAUUGAAAAGUUUUCUGUUAAUUUAAAUUUAGUAUUACAGAUUAUUUCUUUCAAACCUAAUCAUGUUUUUGUACUUCCAUGACAGUCAAAAUCAUAAAUAUGUCUUUAACAUAUUUCUGCUGUAGUGGUUAUGGUGCCAGGCGUGACUCUUGGCGUCAAGAGUUUGACAGUUAUACCAGUUAACAAUAUCCAUCUCUGGUGCGGCUGGAGCUGUGUGAGUUGGUGCAGGGCUUGACUUGUUGGCAAUGAGUGCUUAGCCGACACUCUCAGCUAAUGAGCCAACUCUGCAUGGUAUCGCUCAGCUCAAUGGGACUAAAGGAAAUUAUUUAUACUUACCCCGGGAGGGUAAGCAGGCUGUAGUGGUUAUGGUGCUUGGCGUGUUCUUUCCAUCCCAAACUACUCAAAAAUGCAUUGUUUGCAAAAAUAAAACUGCCAAAUUGUCAGAAAUAAAGAUUGACAGUUAUCGAUUAAUCACUUUAUUUAAUCAAUUAUUUUAGUCGUUUCAACGUACAGUAGCUCAGUAUGGAAGCUUAUGUGCUUAUCAAAGAUGCCUCUUCUGCAGUUAGAAAACACUUAUAUUUUUUGGUUUUUUUAUGAGUCACAAGCAUGUUUGUCUUCUCAUUGUUGUGGGUACCCUUGUGGUCAGUGUUGCUAUGCAGAAGGAAAUCGUAUUUUGUGUGUCAUGAUAUGAAUUCCUGAGGAUGUUACUCAUUGUCCUGUCACUGGCUACAAUGAAGACUGGGGACCACAAAAGCUAGAAUCCAGCUGUCAGAAAACUUAAAUUUCGAUGAUGCUUUGCCACCCUUACAGCAGCAAAGCAUUGUAGGAGUUGUAGUUUUACAAUAGCUGGAGGCCUGUCUUUUUACUUCCCCUGAUUUCACCCUUUUCCCAUAUUUAAUGGCAGAGAUCUGAUAGAGUUUUCUGUCUUUCAGGAUCUGUGUUCUAACCCUCAGUUUAUCAGUGGCGGAGCCACUCGGACGGACAUCUGCCAAGGAGCCCUGGGUAAGGAGAAGCCUGCAGCAAACUUUGUCACUGUUAUUUACUAAGGUGUGAAUUAUUGGAAUUCAAAUUGUAGGCCCAAAUUGCCAAACUUCUCAAAAAUCUACACCCAGCUAGCCAAAGAAUGUCAUAAAUUGAGCCCGGUUUUCAUUUUGGCAAUUUUGAACGAAAUGUUUGAAAUCACUUUUAAUUCACAACAGUAUAGAAUGAGAAUUUAAGGUGAAUUUCACAUUUAAGGUUAGAAUAGCCGAGGUGGAAAAAUUCUCUAGGUCAGCCAUGUUUUCACAUCAACUACUCUGGUCUUUUGAUAUUUGAUAUUCACGUUGAAUUCUUACUUAACCCUGUCUGUGUUCAUAGAAGUAAAAUGCAUGUAUUGCUUCAACUGCUAAAUAACAUACUCAUUCUCCGAGACCAAAGCCACCUUUACACAGCAUAUAAAGGUUUAACAAUAUCAUUUUAUCUUUAUCACUAAUCAUAAUUACAACAGAACCAGCGCCCCUUGUUAAUAUUUUUUUUUUAAAUUUUGCAAAUUACGGUAAGUUUGCUAUAAAUUUUUAAUAAAUAUUGAACCAUCUUAUUUGUGUAAAGGAGAACAUAUGUGCUGUUAGCGCUAAAUGUACUUUGUAUUCAAUAUGCCUCCCAAGUGUUCCUACUUAGGAUGGACAGUACCUAGUUUGGGACAAAAUCCCUCUGUCCUUCUUUUCUAGGAGCUCCAUAUUGUUGGUGUGUCUGAAUGUAUCACAGAGCUCCACAGAAAUCAUACUCCCAGUAAUGUGUCUGAGUGUGUAACAGAGCUCCACAGCAAUAAUACUCCUAGUAAUGUGUCUGAGUGUAUAACAGAGCUCCACAGUAAUAAUACUCCCAGUAAUGUGUCUGAGUGUAUAACAGAGCGCCACAGCAAUAAUACUCCCAGUAAUGUGUGUGAGUGUAUCAUAGAGCUCCACAGCAAUAAUACUCCCAGUAAUGUGUCUGAGUGUAUAACAGAGCUCCACAGCAAUAAUACUCCCAGUAAUGUGUCUGAGUGUAUAACAGAGCUCCACAGCAGUAAUAACAGAUAGCAAUAAUACCCAGUAAUGUGUCUGAGUGUAUAACAGAGCUCCACAGCAAUAAUACUCCCAGUAAUGUGUCUGAGUGUAUAACAGAGCUCCACAGCAAUAAUACUCCCAGUAAUGUGUCUGAGUGUAUAACAGAGCUCCACAGCAAUAAUACUCCCAGCAAUGUGUCUGAGUGUAUAACAGAGCUCCACAGCAAUAAUACUCCCAGUAAUGUGUCUGAGUGUAUAACAGAGCUCCACAGCAAUAAUACUCCCAGUAAUGUGUCUGAGUGUAUAACAGAGCUCCACAGCAAUAAUACUCCCAGUAAUGUGUCUGAGUGUAUAACAGAGCUCCACAGCAAUAAUACUCCCAGUAAUGUGUCUGAGUGUAUAACAGAGCUCCACAGCAAUAAUACUCCCAGUAAUGUGUCUGAGUGUAUAACAGAGCUCCACAGCAAUAAUACUCCCAGUAAUGUGUCUGAGUGUAUAACAGAGCUCCACAGCAAUAAUACUCCCAGUAAUGUGUCUGAGUGUAUAACAGAGCUCCACAGCAAUAAUACUCCCAGUAAUGUGUCUGAGUGUAUAACAGAGCUCCACAGCAAUAAUACUCCCAGUAAUGUGUCUGAGUGUAUAACAGAGCUCCACAGCAAUAUUACUCCCAGUAAUGUGUCUGAGUAUAUAACAGAGCUCCACAGCAAUAAUACUCCCAGUAAUGUGUCUGAGUGUAUAACAGAGUUCCACAGCAAUAAUACUCCCAGUAAUGUGUGGGAGUGUAAAACAGAGCUCCACCGCAAUAAUACUCCCAGUAAUGUCUUUUUUUUUUUUUUUUUAAAUACUUUAUUUUUUAGUAAAACACUUGACAAUUAUACAAUGUAUGGUAAACAAUACUGUAGUCAUGCCAAUCCAACCAUAUUUUUGGCAGUUUUACGUUAACAUAUUUUCACAUUUGUCUUGAGUCGCAUGUCCUUCUAGUUUUUGUUUUUUAUGAUAUAACUGUAACUGGAGUCCAUAGACUGUGUAACCAUCUGAUUCAACAUUGCAUAUGAUAUCAUUUGUAGCGGUCUGUCUCUCCGGUGAGGUUUGCUUUCCUGACUCCUACAUGGUGGCCUUUCUAACAGAGAAGGGCUAUGCCCUGAGCCAUUUUGCGGUAGUAAUGUGUCUUUAAACUACAAUAAAUGUGUUUAGAAAUCAGUCGGUGUAAAUCAGAUACAUUAUUCUUUUUAUAAAUUACAUAUUAAUUGUAUAAAUGUUUUCUAGGAGGUCACCUCAAAUUUAUCAAAACAGCCCCGACCUUGGCCACACUACGACUUACUAACAAAAAUUAAAGUGUUCACCUCUGUCUAUUUGAAAUUUGGGGAGUUUUGCAAUCAUACACGCUUUUCAACAGCACCUAUUAAAGGACCCAGGGCUUCUUACAUAGUACAUUAAACUUUAUUAUUAUAAGCAAAAAUCAGUUGCCUUUAAAAUGUAUUGCGACACAAUAUUUAACAUUGGAAUGGAGCUAGAUUUAGCAGCGUUUUUAUAAUGGCAUGAAUCAUUAUAGACUGGGGUACAACAAUGCAUGUUGGUACCGCGGUGUUUUCCCUCAGGAACACCGAAGAUUUUGUGGACUGCACUUCUCAUCACCCUCAGUCAGGUCCUGGCAGAGAAAUAUGGAAGUUAAAUAAUGAAUUAACAUUACUUCUCCCCAAAAAAGUAUUGAAUCAUUUCAGUAAAACUUCACUAAGCAAAUGAAUGCACCUAGAAAACAGAAACAUUAGGACAGAGGGAUUUGGGCCCAAAAUAGGGACUGUCCUUCCUAAAUAGGGACACUAGGCAGGUAUGCAUCUUCGCAUAAACUGAGAUAAGUGAAUUUAUUAAUUUGGGAAGGAGAGGUGACAAGGAGUGUACCCCUAACUUUCUGCUCAUUUUUGUGACAAAUCUGCACAGCAUUUCCUUAUGAAUCACAUGUUAAUGGUUUUCUGCCCAGAUCACUCAUUUGAUGCUAAAAAUAAGAUAAAAUGCCAGUACAACCAGAAAUGUGAAAGCUUGUUUUGUGAUUUCCUGUUAUGUUGCCAGAGUAGCAGGGUCACACCUCCCACAUGACGCUCUGCCCAAUGUGCCAUUCAUUACAGAAGUUAUACAUUUUAGAACAAAACGUCAGCUGAAUUGGAGAAACCGAACAGUCAAAAAGUAGAAAGUCAGCUCUGCUUCCAAUACAGCUGCUCUGGUCUAUAAUUUAAAAUCCGCUCUGAGUUCCCAACAGUUCUUACUUUAGUAAAUAUCACUGAUUAUGUAUAAAGUGACACAGUUAUAUACAUAAUGCAUUGAAACAUGAAACAAAAAUAUAAAAGGAAAACCAUUACAGUUAAAGUUGAUUGCACGGCAAGUGAUGCAGCUAAGAGAGUGUUCCCCAACCAGGAAGUGACUCCACCAAUCAGACGCUAUCAUUAGAGUCUGUCUUCUUAUUCCAUAAACCAUUACUGUUACUGAGUUACAUUGCUUUCUGAUACACUCUGUAUUUUGCAGAUUACUGUUAGUUUUAUUGUUGUGGAGCUCUGUGAUACUAAUUCACACUCCACAUUGUUCUAUUAUAUAUUCAUUCACACUCCACAUUGUUCUAUUAUAUAUUCAUUCAUGCUCCACAUUGCUGCGUUCUGUUGUUGUGGAGCUCUAUCUCACCACCCUCCCACCCCCACCCCCAUUUUUUCUGUAAAUUGUAAUGAUCUAGAAUUCUGCAAUAUGCAGCAAAACACGCAUUUGUAGGGUUAUUUACUAAAGAGAGAUUUCAAAGUGAAUUCAAAGUGAAUUUUGAAUUAAAGUCAAAACAGAUGACCUGGAAAAAAUGUCUAAGACAGCGAUGCUUUCAGUUUGACUACUUUGGCCUUAAAUAUGAAAUUAAUUUUGGAUUUUCACUUUAGUAAACAACCCAGUCAGACGUCCUUAAACGUAGGAUCAUCAGAGGAGUUUGUGUGCAACCAGUCCUGCAAGAUCAUGCCAGGACUGGUUGGGAGUGGGGUCUGUGUCAGGGUAUGCCAGGACAGGUAAGGGGUGGGGCCUGUGUCAUUGCAUGCCAGAACAGGUAUGAGGUAGGGUCUGUGUCAGGGCAUGAUGGAACAGGUAGGGGUGGGUUCUGUGUCAGUGCAUGCCAGGACAGGUAAGGGGUGGGGCCUGUGUCAGCGCAUGCCAGAACAAGUAGGAUAUGGGGUCUAUGUCAGGGCAUGCCAGGAAAGGUAUGGGUUAGGGUCUGUGUCACGGCAUGCCAGGACAGGUAGGAUGUGGGGUCUGUGUCAAGGCAUGCCAGGAAAGGUAUGGGUUAGGGUAUGUGUCACGGCAUGCCAGGACAGGUUGGGGUGGGGCCUGUGUCAGCACAUGCCAGAAUGGGUUAGGGUCUGUGUCAUGACAUGCCAGGACAGGUAGGAUGUGGGGUCUGUGUCAGGGCAUGCCAGGACAGGUUGGAUGUGGGGUGUGUCAGAGCAUCCAGGACAGGUUGGGGUGGGGCCUGUGUCAGCACAUGCCAGAAUGGGUUAGGGUCUGUGUCAUGACAUGCCAGGACAGGUAGGAUGUGGGGUCUGUGUCAGGGCAUGCCAGGACAGGUUGGAUGUGGGGUGUGUCAGAGCAUCCAGGACAGGUUGGGGUGGGGCCUGUGUCAGCACAUGCCAGAAUGGGUUAGGGUCUGUGUCAUGACAUGCCAGGACAGGUAGGAUGUGGGGUCUGUGUCAGGGCAUGCCAGGACAGGUUGGAUGUGGGGUGUGUCAGAGCAUCCAGGACAGGUUGGGGUGGGGCCUGUGUCAGCACAUGCCAGAAUGGGUUAGGGUCUGUGUCAGCACAUGCCAGGACAGGUAGGAUGUGGGGUCUGUGUCAGGGCAUCCAGGACAGGUUGGGGUGGGGUCUGUCAGGGCAUGCCAGAACAGGUUGGGGUGGGGUCUAGGUCAGGGCAUGCCAGGAGGGGCAUACCGCAGCCAUAAGAGGUGUGUAAUUCCAGGAUAUAACGUGUGGCAUUAACAACGGCUGCAAUAAUACCUAAAUUAAAAACAUAGAGAUCAUAGAGAUGUUCUUCAUUAAAUCUUGCUGUAUAUUUUGUUGUUCAAUAUUAACUCAAAAUGUCAAUAAGAAAACAUGCCCAUUCUAUUCAGACCUACUUGGCAAGUCAUUCUCUGAGCGUGUGACUGAGUUACGUCUGUUCGGACGGUUUUUACAAGGGGAGCAUUCUUCUACAAUAUACAGGAAUUCUUGCUUACUGUAAGGCCACUGUGGCUGAACUUGGCACUGCCAAUGUUUGUAAACUAUAUUAUUCAUCUAGGCUGGCUAAGCAUCAUGGGAAAUAUUCACAAACGUGCAGUGCCAAUGUUAGGCAUCGUUAGUGACUGUGUGUUCUCCAGUACACGAGGCCCUUCCCCAAGUGCAAAAUAUAGUUUUCUAUAAACAUUGGCAGCAUCAGGAUGACUGUGAGAACAUAAACUGGGGAUGUGGCAAGAAAUCACCAUAAAUGGCUUAUCCAGUAAACGGUGUAAUGCGGUGAAAUGAAACUUAGGAAGAAAUUCCCAGAUUUGAUUUAAAGGGGAAGUUUCUAUUUUUUUUCCAGCUCAGAUAUAUUGAUUGUAUUUUUUUCCAGUUUCACCACAGACAGACAUAUAUUCUGUUACUCCACUGUCAGCACACCUUAACUAUUUACUUUUCUUUUUCUUUUGUUCUGUAGACCCAUUUCAAUCUGAUACUGGGUUAUUCACUAAAACCAGAAUUUCCAGUAAAUCAAAGUGAAUUUCAAAUUUGCAGUUCCCUACUCGAACCUUCUCAUUGUUCUCUGUUUAGUAAAUAAACCAAACUAUGACUAGAGUGAGGUUAUUCAUGGAACUGUAGGCCAAAGUCCAAAAAUGAAAAAUAAAAAGGGAAAACACAUUUUUUUUUUAAACGCGUUAUAAAAGUUCAGAUUUUAAUAAAAAUUGUCUCUCUUACAAUUGAGCACUGAAAGGUAGGUUUUCUUCCUCCUUCAUGGAGCUAACAGAAGUAUCAGGCACGCUGGACUAGAGCAUGUCCACCUCCCUCCUUUCUCAAAGAAUUGUGAGAAGCAUUGGAAAGUCACAAAACACAUGCACUCGUUGCUCAAUGAUAAGUCUCUAUCAGUUGAUUACGCGACACAGAGUAAAAGUACACCAGGUCUGCGUGUUUUUUUAUAUAACCCUUGCUAUGGGGGUAUAUCUAAUAAAUAGUGAGAAAUUAAAUUAAAUGGAGAGUUCCUUUAUAUGUGCAAGCCCCUGGUGAUUUAUUUCCCUGCAAGUCACUGUUUGUAAUUAACUCUACAAAUAUGAAAAGAACGAAGUGACUUGUACCUUGCUUUUGCCCAAGGCUACAAAACUUAAAGAACACUACACUCUGCAUGGGGCCAGGAAACCCAGCAUCUUGUAAUGUAGGACACUGGUAUGACUCAUACACAAUAUUUUAUCAUAUUCAUAGACAACACACGAAAACUGUUGCCCUGCAGUAUGCAGAAUUCAUAUGCUGAAAUAUUUCUGAUUAAUUACUUGAUUUCCUGACAGCAGUACAUGAAUUCUAUAUACUAAAGGGUAGCAGACUGCAGGAUCGGCCCAUCAAUUUGAGUAUCUUGGCCAACACAGAAAAAGUGCUGCCCUGCAGUCUGUAGAAUUCAGGUGUUUCACAAUUCCUAAUGAUUGCAGACUUCUCGAUGGGCUGUGAUAAAGCGGAUUAAGAAGGCUGUGAUUGGACAGCCACAGAAAAUUUAUUUUGGGGAAGAAGGGGCGGGUUUACAGGAGAUGAACAUACUAGAUCUGCAGCUAUUACAAGCCAGGGUUUCAUAAAUUCUCACAGAAAACAUGCAAAACAAAUGACUGCAUAUUUUGGGUUAUGUCUACUAAACUGUCAAGAAAAAUCUAUAUAUUUAUUUAAUGAAGUAUUCCUUUAAUUUACAAGGUUCCAACGUGUUCUGCAGAUCUGGACAACUGAUUGCAGCUAGAAUUAAUAAAUAGCUUUCCUGUUUUUACGUUUUACUUGUACACUGUAAACACUACUCAGCCGAAGGAUUUCCUAAAAUUCUGUACGCACCUAACAAACUGUACAGCGGGUUUCUUUGAUAUCUAUUUAUAUAAACCCAACAAAUUCUGCUUGAUGCAAUAAAUACAGCUUCGUAUGACAGACAGGAAGAAACCGGUUUAGUAGGUUUUGGUGCACCCUUUCUGUAUAAUGAGUGAAACCCAAUUUGCAGACAGGGGGUGUGGUUAUUUGUAUAGGUAAAAACAGGGGAUAUUUACUUACAGUGUGUUCAUAUUAUGGGAAUAUGGCUACUUAGGUGGCUAGGGCAAUGAAAGCGUAGGCCUCUAUAGUUAGAUCAUGUUUGAAGAAAUAUUUGAAGUUAUUAAUAUUACACUCCAAGCACCAUAACAACCUAUGCUACUUGCUUACUUCAUGGCGCAAGAAGGUCCCCUUUCACUGUCUCAUUUCUUCGCGGAUUCUUAUGUGAUUUGCAAGAAUUGCUGCAGCAUGGACUCCCCCUCCCCAUUUAUGUUUGCCCUUGGUAAUAACUUCUGUAACUUUAGUUAUAUUAUUGCAUUUGCCUGAUCUGGGUAAAUUAGAGAAACAAAAACUGGCCUCUGCGUCUGUGCUGCCUACAAAGAGCUUGUGGACUGAUUGUGAAACUGCUGGAUGCAGGAGUGGCCAAAAGGUAGCCCACAGCUGUCGUGUUGGCAUACUACACCUCCCAUGAUGCUUUGCCAAUCUAUAGACUGACACAUUAUGUUGUGAAUUGUAGGUUAUAGCAGAUGGGGGGUAGUAUUGGCCAUCUCUUACUUUGCAGUAUUUUGUUUUGUUAAAAAUGAUAAGCUGUACAGUACCUGUAUUAUCCAGGAUUUUCCUGAAUCACUUCCUGGUUUGUGCAUUCUUGCUAGCCCUGCAAUGCGUAUACACUGUUCAAUACUGCAAUAUCCAUUACUCAAUCCAAGGAUUGCAGCCAGGGAGACUAUGGGCGCUAUGGAAAGUAAUUUGUCCUUUUUAUGGUAAUCAGCACUCAUUGUCAGAGCUUCCUGCAGCUGCUUGUAGUUAUUAUAACAUUCACAAAUCCUUAUAUCUUUCCAAAAUGUAUGGAAAGGCAACAUUUUAACGAUAUGAAUUCAUGAAACAUGUUUAAUUUAAGUCAGCCUUUUUAAUUUAACCAUUACCGCCAUUACCAUGUGUUUCUGUGCAGCCGAUAAUGUGAAUCUUUAGAUUAGGUGCUGAGUAUUUUUAUAUGUUGACACAGAUACUAAUAUUGACAGAUUUUAAACUAUUUAUAUAAUCAUUGUUAGCUUCAAACUCAAUGACAAAUGGUCCAAACAUAGCUCUGCUUCACGCCAUAGCUGGGGUAGCAGGCAGCAAUAGGCUGAGAGUGUCACCUGACUGCUCUCAGGCAAUUACUUCCCUAUUACCUGGUAUGAAUUGGUAUAGACCAAGGUGGAGCAUAGUCCCGCUAUCCAAUGUCAUUGGAUGCCAGGCUGCAGGCUGCCAUGGACCGAGGAUGAGUAAACCGCUUAUCAGCAAUGCGGCACCUGGUGCCCACAAACUCCUGGCACCAUUAAAGUUAAAAAUAGUUAUGGUACCUAAAGUGUACUUUUGAAGACGAUACAAUAAUAAUUAACUAUUUUUAAAUUGUGUUAAAACGGUGAGAAGUUUGUAUAUGUAGGGUUGAGGUUUAAAUGCAUUGUGCUCCAGUAUACGUAUUAUUAGAAGUAAAGAAGUUAAUGUGUUACAAACAAAAGAUUGAGUGAGUUCACAAAUAAAAGGUCCCUUGUCCCCUAAUUGGUUAGAGUCCCUUCUCCAGCUGGCCUGCAAAUCCUACUCCAGGUUCAUACAAUGUGCCAGUUUUAUGUUCCUGACCUAAAUCAUUACACAAUAUGGCUGCGGGUGAGGGCCUCCACGCCCAAUAUUAGAAUAUUAUAUGACUAUAUUGUAUGACUCAGCCUUCCCCUCCUGAAUGGUAUGUUCUACUACCUGAAACUGAAUCAGCUCAGUUUCAAGGAUAUACUUUUAUCCUUAGUCAAUGUAUUUCCUCAAAAUGUGUCUAUUGUAAUAUUCUAUUGAAAGGGAACAUGUUUUGUGUGAAAACAUCCUGUUUAACCACUUUAUUCCAAAGUACACAAAAAGUCUAUAACUUUUAUUUGAUGGGAAUCACAGUUACCAGUUUGUUGGUCAGGGAUACCUUAAAAAACGUAAAUUAUGUAAAGGAAAUUGUAAACAUUAUAAGGUAUCUUUAUUGUUUUAGGUAAGGUUAGGCAGAGGUGAACACUAACGUAUAAAGAGUAACAAAUUCUCUACUAAUCUGUGAGUUGUGUGUUUUCCCCAGCGUACUAACCCCCCUAAAACUGCUGGUGUGCGAACGUAAACUUAUCUUAAAGAUAUGGGCCAAUUCUCUGAUUAUGUUAUAACUCUGUGCCUCCUGUCAAUGUGCAACACAGGAUCACUUAGAGAGAUUUUUGUCUGAGAAAAAACAGAAAUGUCCCAGUGUAGCCAUUGGAUCACCAUGAAUCAGUAAUCCUCAUGUAGAGGAAAAUCUGAAAUAGUAUGGAAGUCUGCAAUAUAACCAUAAAACCAGACAUGCCAAUUUGUCACAUACACUAGGUAUAAAACCUUGCGGAUGGUUAUUUAUAAUAAACCUUGUGACAUUUUUGGGAAUGUAGUUUAAAAAAAAAUCCCACCAGAAUCUAGAAAAAAUAUAUUUUAUAGCAUAAUAAGUGCUGUCACGCUGAGCACUUGUAUGAUUCGGUAUUUCGAGUUGUCUUUGCAGCCUGCAAAGAAUAUCUUCAGUGUACUACUCGUGCCUGACUGCUAAAAAAUAUCCAUUAAUUUCAAUAUACAAAAUGCGUUGUAGAGUGCAGUUACAGUGGAUAAUGUAUUGGAAACCCACUUAUUCAGUUAUAGUGAGAUCUGCAAAUCAUUGUUGAGCAGUACAAAUCUCAGAGUAGUCAGUACAGUUGCCGUCAUACUGUAGCCCAUGGAGCAGCGUAGCUAAGGGGAGUGGGCCUUGACAUUGCCAGGAGACAGGCCAUCUAAAGGUCAGUGGUCAGGGAUUGGUCAUUGGAAAUGGUGGGGUGGAGUUUUAAAGGGGAGUAUAAGUAGUGGCCAUUUUAGAACCAAGGAUCACUUUAAUCUAAGUUACACAACCUGUUUGUUGUCCCACCCACCCUCCCUUUGUUUUCAGGUGUUUCCCGUUUGGUCACGGCGGCGGGGGAUGGAGAGUAAAGUUGGCGGGAGUGAGAUGGGGAAAAAGUUUGGAGUUCAGGGCUAAUAGGUAGGCCUUUGGACUGGUUUGGUAGGUUCGAGCUCGUAGGUAGCUCCGAACCGGGGUGUGUAUGGGGUGUCUCAGUAUGCCCCUACACUUGUGGUGCCCUUUGGUGGCAAUGGAUGGUGCCCUUUGGUGGCAAUGGUCAUGUUCAUGUUAAAUAAAAUGUUCAAUGUUUGGGUAUUAUGUUAUGUGGGGGUGGGUCAUUGUCAAGGGGUUAAUUGUAAAUGCAGGAUGUUAAUUGUGCAGGCCAAUGUUGGCCUGCUUUUGACCAUAACCUUUAAAUUUAUGUUAAUUACAAAUAAAGCUGUGAUAUAAUUUUGCCAAAACCAUGGUGUCAGUGCUUUAUUGGGGAUUGGGUAUUUGGUGGGGUUUUUUUAAGCAGAGGCCGACAAAGUGACUGUGCCCAUGUCAAUACUUUCCCAGUAUAUAAUGAUAAUUUAAAGUCACGUUUUGCUGAAAUAAAACAUGCUAACCUUAUCAGUGGACAAAAUCAUCCAGUAUAUACUGCUUGCUCUGCAGUUAGUGUCUGUGUCAAGAGAUGCUUUCAUUAGAAAUCGACUCAGCGUUCUUACACCAUUAACCCCUUAAGGACACAACUUCUGGAAUAAAAGGGAAUCGUGGCGGAAUAUUUCCGUCAUGUGUCCUUAAGGGGUUAAGCGUUAUAUAAUAACUUAUAAUAAGCAGAACUACAAGCAUUAGCUGUCAAUCAUCCGACCGAUUUUGGUUAUAAAUCACUGAUACAUCGUUACUUCUACAGAUUAAUUUCCAUUUCUUCCCAGACUGUUAGAUAUUGCAUUUCGCUAUGUUUUCACAGUAGAAUAUUUGGCAUUUUCUAGUUGCUUGGAACACAUCAAGUUAUUCCACACCCUCCAGUACAAACCUCCUUUCAUACUGUCAUGUUUUAUUCUGUCUGAAUCCCAGGAAUUUAGGAAAUGAUCUACUGUUAGUGUUUCGUAUUGUAAAGUUUCAAUUUCUCAUUCGAAUACAGCUCUGUGAUCCUCCUACCUUCACUUGUUCUUCAAAACUCCUUAUUUUCAAACUCUGACUAGGCCAAAGCCCUCUCUUAUUUAUUCUUCAAAGAUUCCUUCUUUUAAAAGGAAUCUAUAGUGCCAGGAAGUUGUUUUCCUGACACUAUAGCUCUCUAUAGUGCCCCCUCCCCGUGGUGCAGAAGGGGUUAAAAAUCCCUUCUGUCAUUUACCUGAGUUUAGUGCCGAUGUCCCUCAGCACUGAAGUUUGGGUGCCUAUAGUGUCCCUUUAAACUAUGCCCUUCUGCCUCUAGAUCACUCGCACCCAUUAUCCCUCCUACAAACCAUAGUCAUCCAAGCUUCUCUCCAUUAUUAAAUGUUGUAAGAGCUUCCAAAUCAGAAAAUAGCCCAGUCAGUUAAAAAAGGGGGAUACAUAAAUGAGAAGAAAGUAAAACAAGGAUUAGUUAAUUAAAAACAAAAGAAGGAAUGUAUGUAAAAGAGGAUAAAGAUCUAGCUGACACUAAAAACAUACAAAAAAUCACUGACACUCCCUCUGCUCAACGCAUUGGCGGAUCCAGGGGGGGGGGCAACGGGGCAAUUGCCCCCCCCGAGAUUCCCCCCUGCUGGCUAACGCAGGGCUGGCAUUGCCCAAGUGCCAGCCCUGCAAUGUGCCUGCGGACCGGAGGGGAGAUCAGAGCUCUCCCUCCCCGGUCCGCAGGCACUGUGCUGGCGGCCGGCGAGGGAGGGAGUGAGAGAGAGGACCCGGAGCUCAGUCUGCAGCUCCUCCGGGUCCUCCUCUCGCGGGAUUUAAAGCGUUGCCGCGGUUACCACGGCAACGCUCCAAAUCUCGCGAGAGUGAACUCUAGCCCGGGAGCGUGGGCUAGAGUUCAGUUCACUCUGACCACCAGGGAAUCACCACUGGGACCACCAGGGACGGAGAAAUGUCCCCCCUCCUGCUCAAUAAAGGUAAGAAGGGAGGGGGGACAUAUUUAUUUUAUUAAAUUUUUUUUUUUUAAUUAUUAAUUAUUAUUAAAAAGCCUCCUUCCCCCCCUCCUCCCCCAUUACACACACUGCCCCAUUACAGGGGGGCAGUGUGUGUGUAUGGGGAUAGUGUUUGUGGGGCAGUAUGUGUAAUGGGGGGGGGGAGAGGAGGUUUUUUUAUAAUACAUUUUUAAAAUAAAUAUUCUGCCCCACAAACACUCUCCCCAUACACACACUGCCACCCAUACACACACUGCCCCACAAACACUGUCCCCAUACACACACUGCCCCCCAAACACACACUGCCCCACAAACACUGUCCCCAUACACACACUGCCCCCCAUACACACACUGCCCCACAAACACUGUCCCCAUACACACACUGCCCCACAAACACUGUCCCCACAAACACUGCCCCCCAUACACACACUGCCCCACAAACACUGUCCCCAUACACACACUGCCCCACAGACACUGUCCCCAUACACACACUGCCACCCACACUGCCCCCAUACACACACUGCCCCACAAACACACACUGCCCACAAACACUGCCCAUACACACACAUACACACUGCACUGCCUAAACACUGUCCCCAUACACACACUGCCCCCCAUACACACACUGCCCCACAACACACUGUCCCCAUACACACACUGCUGCCCACAAACACUGUCCCCAUACACACACUGCCCCCCAUACACACACUGCCCCACAAACACUGUCCCCAUACACACACUGCCCCCCCAACACACACACUGCCCCACAGACACUGUCCCAUACACACACUGCCCCACAAACACUGUCCCCAUACACACACUGCCCCCAUACACACACUGCCCACAAACGCAUCCCACACUCCCCAUACACACACACUGCCCCACAAACACUGUCCCCAUACACACACUGCCCCCCAUACACACACACUGCCCCAAAAACACAUACAGUGCCCCCAUACAUACACUGCCCCCUAACACACACACUACAACCCUGACAUACACUGCCACACUCACACACUUUUACCCUUAACACACACCACUGCUCCUAUAGCCUAUAUCCCAGCAGAUCCCAGGUAAGUUGUUAAACUGUUCUUAAACGGUAUGACUACUUACUCUGGGGUGGAAUCCUGGCACUACUGACACCAUAACUACUACACUGAGCUGUAGUGGUUAUUGUGCCUGGAUUAUUUAUUUAAAUAAUCUACAAGUGCCCCUACCGAGAUCAGGCUCUGGAUCCGCCACUGGCUCAACGCAGCUAAAUCCCUAAUACCCACUCUUUGGAAGCAACCGGGGGCGCCAACCCUCCAGCAAUGGGUGACUAGAGUAGAGGAGAUUUACUCCAUGGAGUCUCUAACAGCAGACCUGCAGGGGCGCUCAGAACAAUGUGCCCUAACCUGGUACCCAUGGAUGACAUAUAUCUCCAGGAAAACUGGUGGUCCGGCGGGAGCCCAAUCCGCCAACCUCCCAUAGGUAGACCAUCCAGAACUGGAGCAGUAAGGGACCCACUCACAGACGGGACAAGUGAAAAGAGGGGCCGAGGGGGGGGGGUCAAACCCUUCCUAACCCACCCAGUACCUUAUCUCCCUACCCCCCGACCCUUGACCACAUCCUAUUAUAGACCAUGGAACGUUACCAUACUACACUACGCACAAUGACGGUGGACGGGACUUAGAAUGACACCGACUACUGUGCAAUCCACCCGACUAAGCACUAAUCCUAAUGGAUGUUAUGAUUUUAAAAAAUAAAUAAAUAAAUAAUCUGUUACUAUUAUUAUUAAUGUUUGCAAGCACCUUUACCUACUGAAACGUUUAAACUGUGAUUCAGUUUUACUUUACUAGUGUUCAUGUCAGGCCAAUAACUCUAUUGCUACUUGUUGGAACAUACGCUUGUACCACUGUUAGAACGAUAAGUCAGAUAGGUAAUCUUUAUUAUGACUCUUCCUCUUACGGAUGUUGACUUUAAACUACUGUUGUGUACCGUAUUGCUACCUGUUUACUUUUGCUCAAACGACAAAAUCAAAAAUAAGGAUAGUAAAAAAAAAGAUCUAGCUGACUGCCUCAAUGAAUAUUUUUGUUCAGUAUUUACAGAUGAAAAUGAAGGAAAGGGACCUCAGUUAGCAAAGAGGACAAAUAUAUUAAUUUGUUACAUGUGAGUUUACAGAGGAACAGGUUACAUUUCAACUUUCAAAAGUAAAGACAAGUAAAUCGAUGGGGCCUGGUGGAAUACACCCAAAGUUAGCUGCUGCCCAUUCUCAGUAGUCUCUUGUGCUCCGUUUCUUGCUUAUUAAGCAAGCUUAAUGGUGUACUGACAAAACCAUUAGCGGAUUUAUUUAAACAAUCAUUGUUAACGGGAGUAGUCCCAGAAGAUUGGAAACCGGGCCGGCGCUUCCUUUAAGUUGAACUUGGCAGCCGCCUAGGGCGCGAUAUAGGAGGGGGCACCCUGCUCCCCCAUCACCGGCCCUUUAAAUGCUGCAGCCACCUGAGUGCUCUAUAGAGAGCACUCAGGCGGCUGCCGCACUGCCCUUCACCUUCCCUGUAGCGUGGCUGAGCUUCUUUCUGGUCCGCCGUACAGGAACAUCCGUUUCCAGUACCCGCCGGACUGAUAGGAAAAAAGAAAAUAUGACGUAUUAUGUUCUUUAAGACUCUUUCUGUAUAUUAAAUGUACAUAAUUAAAUGAAUUUUAAUAUAUUUAAAUGAAAGCUAUGUGUACUGGAGAAUCAACUUGGGAUGUUAUAAUAUAUUCUCAUUCAGAACGUAGACAUAUCGGCUCUUACUGAUUGAACCCCCCCAUUCAUGUGAUUCUAGGUGACUGCUGGCUGCUGGCUGCCAUCGCAUCUCUUACCUUAAAUGAGCAAGUUUUAUCCCGUGUGGUCCCCAAAGAUCAGAGCUUCCAGGACAAAUAUGCAGGGAUUUUUCAUUUCCAGGUAAUUUAUUCAACAUAUAUAUACAGAAUCCAGAAAGCAUGAGAACUUACCCUUACUGAGUCCACGUUUCAGGAUUUUCAGGUCAAUAAAUCUUUGACAAAGAUCUGAGAUUUCUGCUUCCUCUAAUUCUGAAUGAAUUUUACGUGUACGAACAUUUAUAUAAAAGACACAGAAUAGGCGCUCACUAUAAAACCAGAGUGAAAGGCAGCAGUGAACCAGCAGGUAUUCCCUAACCUUGAUAAUUUUCAAAACGUGACAAAAAAGAAUAUUGCCAAGAAGAUAGAAUUUAUGAAAAAAAAAGGGGUUUAGUAGAAUAUAUAUGUAUAUAUAUACAUAUAUGGAGGACAAUAAUUUUCUGUUGUGUAAUAGCCUAAAAAAAAUAGGAAACAAUAAUAGUGCAGUAUGGUAAAGCAAUUUUUAAAAGGUUAAUAAAAUACUAACUCACAAUCUUUAGAGCUGCUAAGAGCUCUGCUGUAUAGCGCAUUGACAGUACAAUCCCUGUCUUAGGAUAUGUUGAUAUUCGUGAUGAUAGGCUUCCAAUUUUCAACAACCAUGUAGGGAAGAGGAGAAGAACCAAUAGCACAGUAUAUAGUAUAUAAUAUAGAAUAUAUAAAAGCAGAGUAUGCUACUUAUUAUUUCCAGAGCAAUAACUUGCUCUGGUGGUUGUGGCUGUGGUAAUACAAUCCCCACCUGGGAUAUGCAGAAUACAAUGUGGCAGAACAGGACCAGGAGAAAAAAAAAAUAGGGACUAUAUAAAUAACAAUUAACUUUAUUACUAACAUAGAAACAUAGAAUGUGACGGCAGAUAAGAACCAUUCAGCCCAUCUAGUCUGCCCAAUAUUUCAAAAUGCUUUUCAUUAGUCCCUGGCCUUAUCUUAUAGUUAGGAUAGCCUUAUGCCUAUCCCACGCAUGCUUAUACUCCUUUACUGUGUUAACCUCUACCACUUCAGCUGGAAGGCUAUUAAAAGUAAAAGUAUAUAAAAGCAAAUGCAGCAAAGAAUAAAGUGCUCCAGUCCCACAUUUAUAUACUUUGUGCAACCUGUCUGGGAAACAUCAGUAGAGUAAGAUUUUCUUAACUCAAGUAGUUGAGUAAUUAGAGUAUAAUAUCAGACGCAGGGGCGUUUUAGCCGCGAGGCAAACAAGGCAUUUGCCUUGGGCGGCAUUUUUCAGGGGGCGGCAAAAAACGCCGCCCCCCAAAUGCCCAGGCAAAUGCUUUGUUAGCCUCGCGGCUAACUGACCGGCCGGGCUGGGCUGGGCAGGCGGCUGGCGAGGGAGCUCUUCCCCUGAGCUGUCCGCUCAGCUCCCUCGCGCGCCGCAGAGUGAGGCUGGGAGCCGGAAGAUGACGUCAUCUUCCGGCUCCCAGCCUCACUUUGCGGCCCGAGGGAGCUGAGCAGACCGCUCAGGGGAAGAGCUCCCUCGCCAGCCGCCUGCCCAGCCCAGCCGGCAUCCACUGGACCACCAGGGAGGUAAUGAACCCCUCCCCCCCAGCACUCCCAAAGGUAAGGGGGGGGGGGCUAAAUAAAAAAAAAUAAAAAAAUGUGUUAAUGUGAGUGUCUGUUAAUGUGUGUGUGUGUUUUGUUAGUGUGUGUCUGACUGUGUCUGUUAGUGUGUAUGUGUGUGUGUCUGACUAUGUGUCAGUGAGUGUGUGUUUGCCUGUGUGUGUGUGUGUGUGUCUGUAAAUGUGUGUGUGUUUGUUAGUGUGUGUGUGUCUGCUAGUGAGUGAGUGUGUCUGUUAGUGUGUGUGUCUGACUAUGUUUGUCUGUUAGUGUGUCAGUGAGUGUGUGUGUGUCUGACUGUGUGAGUGUGUUUGCCUGUGAGUGUGUGUGUUAGUGAGUGUGUGUCUGUUAGUGAGUGUGAGUAUCUGUUAGUGUGUGUGUGUUUCUGUUAGCGAGUGUAUGCGUAUCUGUCAGUGAAUGUGUGUGUGUGUAUUUAGAAGGCGGGGGGGGUUGGCGCGGGGGGAGGGGGGGGCGCCUGCGUUUUGUCCUGCCUAGGGCAGCACAAAACCAGGAUACACCACUGAUCAGACGCUGAUUAAAAUUAUAAUGGUAAGGCCUACCUGUUUAGUAAGGUAACUGCGAUUUUGCCACCUUACAGAACAGUUAAAACCUGGGGCUUGGUGAGUACACCCCAAAUCUUUUCUUGGAUGAGCCAUGGGAAUAAGAAUUGUAAACACAAUCAAGUGAUACAUAAUAGCAGACGAUUAGAUAUUACUCUAGAACUUGUUGAGAAGUCCUGUUGUCCUUAGUUCCACUCCCACUCCCUUGGAAUUAUAUUGCAGAAUGUGUGAAAAAAUGGUCUCAGGUACAUAGAUAAAAACUGUAGGACCAUGAUUGCUCACCAUUGGCAACUCUUGCAGUCUAAGAUCAGCCAACCUAACAACUGGUGUGGCGAAGUUUUCUUAAAGAUCUAUUCCCAGAACACUGUGUGUCUUGCAGUUCUGGCAGUUCGGUGAAUGGGUGGAUGUGGUCAUAGAUGACAGACUGCCGACCAAAAAUGGGGAACUGGUCUUCGUUCAUUCAGCAGAAGGGACUGAGUUCUGGAGUGCACUUAUGGAAAAAGCCUAUGCCAAGUAAGUGCUAAAUUCCCUCUCAGUUACAAACUAUUUUCUCGUUCUUAUUUCAAAGCAGACCAAUUAUUUCCAUUUGGAAUAAAUCUAAUUACCUCCUUAGAAACCAUUUUAAGAAGUAAUGGAGUCUUUCCUGUGAAAAUACAGCUUCUUUAAUGUGGUUCAGAACAAUGUUAUGUGAUUGAAGAAAUGUCCAGAUGGGUCCAAAAUAUUGAUUGUGUAAUGUUUUGAUUCACAUAAAAUAAUUAAAUUAAAGAAGCAUUUUCACCGCAAAGACACAUUUGAUUAUAGAGAUAUUUAUGAACUAAAUAAAGUUUACUGAUUUAGAAUAAUGUCUAUUUCCUAUAGUCCUGUGAUUUAGACUUGAAGGGGCAGAGGGUUGAUUGGUCACAUUUAUGAUGGAUUCCCUUUAAUAUUUAUAUUUCCUUGGUUACUCUUAAACGUUUGCACGGACCUUAAGCAUAAAAAUAAUCUAAUAUCUGAAAAAGAGUUUAAUUCCUACCUGCAACUUGUGCUGUUUUUCUCUUCAUGAACCUCCAUGAAACAAACUAACAAUAUAACCAGAAAAUGUAGGUUAUUCAAGAACUGUCAAUCUAUGAUUCAGGUUGAACGGAUCCUAUGAGGCUUUGUCAGGAGGUGCGACCACAGAGGGCUUUGAAGAUUUUACUGGGGGACUCGCAGAGUGGUAUGACCUGAAGAAAGCUCCAGCAAACCUCUUUAAGAUCAUCCAAAAAGCCUUGAAGACCGGAUCUCUGUUGGGCUGCUCUAUAGACGUGAGUAAUUUCCUGCAUUACUGGUAGAAUUGUUUUGUAGGAUUUGCCACAAGUUCUAUGACAAUAUUGCAAUAUCAGGAGGUUUGCUACAUAAGCAGAGAAUUGUGGUGAGGUUACACAAAACCAGAAAAGUUAAUUAAAGGAUCACAAUAGUAUCAGGAAAACAAACUAGUUUUCCUGACACUAUAGCAUCCUUGGGGGACCCUCACCCUCAGGGUCCCCCUCCCGAUGGGCUGAAGGUGUUAAAACCCCUUCAGCAGCUUACCUUAAUCCAGCGCUGGGCUCCCUCUGCGCUGGUGACCUCUCCUCCCCCGCCAACAUCACCUCCUGAGUGGAACGGAAUGCGCAUACGCAUUCAAACAGUCCAUAGGAAAGCAUUUCUCAAUGCUUUCCUAUGGACGUUCUGCACGUUGGAUGCGAAUUUCGCAUUCAACGUCGCAGAAGCGCCUGUAGCAUCUGUCAGGAAGACCGCCACUAGAGGUUGGAUUAACCCUGCUAUGUAAACAUAGCAGUUUCUCUUAAAAUUGCUAUGUUUACAUGUGAAGGGCUAAAACCUGAGGGACCUGGCACCCAGACCACUUCAUUGAGCUAAAGUGGUCUGGGUGACUAUAGUGCCCCUUUAAAUGAAAAAUACCUAAGUUCAGAAAAUAGCUAAUUCAAAUCAAAUUUUACUUUGGGACUCUUAAAUGUUGCCAUUCCAUCAUCAAUUCACCAGAGUUUAUUAUUUGUACACGAGUCCCAGAAUUCACAUGUUUUGUGCAAAUCACAAGGAUUAUUAAAUUAGCUUAGAAUGAGCAUCCCUACUGCCCUCUCUACUCCCUACUUGGGUAAAAACCCAAUGGCAGAGUAUAAAAUAUUUAAUAGAGUCCUAACCUCAACAUCUGAGGAAAGGGAUUUAGGGGUGAUUAUUUCUGAUGACUUAAAGGUAGGCAGACAAUGUAAUAGAGCAGCAGGAAAUACUAGCAAAAUGCUUGGUUGUAUAGGGAGAGUUAUUAGCAGUAGAAAGAGGAAAGUGCUCAUGCCAUUGUAUAGAACACUGGUGAGACCUCACUUGGAGUAUUGUACGCAGUCAGGGCCGGAUUAACAUAGGGGCUGAUGGAGCUGCAGCUCCAGGCCCAGACCCAUGGAAUAGGCCCUUUAAAAAAAGUGUACUUUUUUUUUUUUUUUACACACUACUCUUAGGUUUGCCACCUGACUGGUAUUUUACUGGCACAGUCGGUAUUUGAGGCUGCCUGGCCAUGCCGGUAUUGCAGUAAUACCGGCAAUACAAUUGCAGGUGUUUUUUUUUUGUUUAAACGGAGAUUACUCUGCAAUACUAGCACCGGACAGUAGGGGUCACUGUGUGUGGAGAGAGGCAGGGAGUUACAGCAAAUCUCUGCCUCUCUCUAUUACUCACUGAUAUGUGGGGGAGCAGCUACACAGUACAGAGAGUCCAGAGAGCAGCUCUACAGCUCAGGUAAGUGAGGGAUUGGGGUAAAGGCAGCAGGUAGACAUGGGGACACUGAGACACUAGGGGACACUGAGACACUAGGGAACACAGGGAGACUUGAGGACACUGGAAAACAUGGGGACACUGAGACACAUGGGGAUGCUGUGAGAGAUAGGGACAUUGGGAGACACUGGGACACGGAGACACUAGGGACACAGUGUCCCCAUGUCUCCCAGCCAGUGUCUCAGCGACCCCAUGUCUCCCAGCCAGUGUCCCCAUGUCUCCCAGUGUCCCCAUGUCUCCCAGUGUCUGUGUUCCGAUAUCUCUGUGUCCCUAGUGUCUUAGUGUCCCCAUAUGUUUCAGUAUCUACAUAUCUGUCUGUGUCCCUAUGUCUCCCAGUGUCCCCAAAUGUCUGUGUCCCCAUGUCUCCCAGUGUCUCUAUGUUUUCCAGUGUCCCCAUGUCUGUAUCCACAAGUGCCCCCAUGUCUCCCUGUGUCUCAGUGUCCCCAUGUCUCACUGUGUCCCCUAGUAUCCUUGUGACAUGGGGACACACUGAGACAUGGGGACACUGGGAGAAAUGGGGACACUGAGAGACCGAGGACACUGACACUGUGAUACAUAGGGACACUGAGACACUGGGUGAUUUGUGAGACUGAGAGACAGGGAGACACUGGGAGCAAUCCAUCUAUACAGCAGAAUCAAACUGAGUAGUUUUUUUGGUGAUUUUACAGAAUGUUCUCUUAUGUCACUCCUUGUGAUUUACAUCAUGUGAUGUCACGCAUAACUAAUUAAUUAUACAAAUGAUUAAGGCUGGUAUUUUUUUCCAAGAAAGGUGGCAACCCUAACUACUCUUCACAUACUCUUGCUUAAAGGAACACUAUAGGGUCAGGAACACAAAUUACAAUGCUCCCCCAUAGUAUUGGCUGAGACUGUCAACUAGGCAGAUCAGGGGCAAAGCCAGCACAAGUCAAACAUAGCCCUGGCCAAUCAGAAUCUCCUUAACAAAGAUAAAUUGAAUCAAUGCAUCUCUAUGAGGAAAGUUCAGUGUCUGCAUGCAGAGGGUGGAGACACUGAAUGGCAGUGCUGCACACUAGGCAGUACUGCCCCAGGAAGCACCUCUAGCAGCCAUCUAAGGAGUGGCCAGUGGAGUUAUUUUGUCUGAAAGACAGUGUUUACUGCAAAAAGCCUGAAGUAAGUGAUUCUACUUACCAGAACAAAUACAGUAAGCUGUAGUUGUUCUGGUGACUAUUGUGUCCUUUUAAGUUUGGAAGCUUAAAGGGGAUGUAUGGGAACAAAACUUGUGUGGACUGGCUCACAAUAAAAUUAGUUUAGGUAAUGCAUACGUUGGUCUCUCUAACACUGUGGCAUGUCCCCUUUCUUCUACACUCACUACAUACACCUUUUCUCUGUCCCAGACCAUAUACCAGGAGCUUCUGCCUGCUAGUAAGAAGGUAAGGAGACAAGUAGACAUGUCAGUGCCAGGGGACAGUCCUUACAAAGCUUGGAGUAGGCGCAUCAUUUGAUGCAUUUAUGUCAAGCUCAGGGUGCUGUCUGCCUAGUAUGCCCUUAGUUGGACAGUCUGCAUUAUUGCCCUUUUUGGCAGGUCUGGUCACGUGAUUCACACCAGUGGCACACCCUUUAACCCUGCCCAUUGACUUCCUGCUUCCCUGGACACUGCUGUUAGGGGGUAUGGAUUGAAAGUAUAAAUUAGAGAGAGAUUAGCAUAGAGUAUGUGUUUUCAUAUAGCUGCAUCCUUUGAGUUUCCCUCCAGCACCAUCUCCAUCAGAUAGAUGAUGCUUGGGAGGUAUGAUUGUUUUUGUGGUUUUGGUCGAUAAGAUUAUGUAAUUAGGCCCAUCAUAAUUGUCAGCACCAGGCCCACUGGGUUCUUAAUCUGGCCCUGUACGCAGUACUGGAAACUGUAUCUCCAGAAGGAUAUUGAUACCUUAGAGAGAGUUCAGAGAAGGGCUACUAAACUGGUUCAUGGAUUGCGGGAUUAAACAUACCAGGAAAGGUUAAAGGAUCUUAACAUGUAUAGCUGGGAGGAAAGAUGAGACAGGGGGGAUAUGAUAGAAACAUUUAAAUACAUAAAGGGAAUAAACACAGUAAAGGAGGAGACUAUAUUUAAAAGAACAAACACUACCACAAUUAGAGGGGCAAAGGUUUAAAAAUAAUAUAAUAAUAGGGUACUGAGAGGGUAGUGGAUGCAUGGAAUAGCCUUCCAGCUGAAGUGGUAGAGCUUAACACGGUAAAGGAGUUUAAGCAUGCGUGGGAUAUGCAUAAGGCUGUCCUAGCUAUAAGAUGAGACCACGGACUAAUGAAGGUAUUCAGAAAAUUGGGCAGACUAGAUGGGCCGAAUGGUUCUUAUCUGCCGUCAGAUUCUAUGUUUCUACUUGUAAAUAAUAUCCAAAGAUAACUAGUAAUUAAAGUCUGUUUCCGUUCAUACAGAGACUGAACCUGAAAUCAGAGUAAUUCUGUUUCUUCUAUAAAAAUAGGAAUUUGGGCAUUUAUCCAACGUGCCUCUGAAGUGCACAAGUAGAGAUUUCUGACCUCUUGCUUCACUGAAAUAAUAUAAACAACUUGCCCCACCUAGCCCAUAAGCUGCGAGUGGGCAAAACCUGAAAAGAAAAAGGAAAAAUAAAGUUAGAGUCCAUUGACCCCGUAGUAGGUAAAUAGGAACUGUGCCUGCAUGCCCCCCCUGUGCAGCAGCAGUCUGAGGGAAAUAGAGGGGUCUCCAUGACAUGUUAUUAAUCAGAACACGGAGUCCCUUCUAUUCCCACAGUAUGCGUAGCACGAGGCAGGUUACUAUAGUGAAGACAGAGUGUCUCCUUACCUUAUUAAUUACCUUACAUUGUAAUUAAGAUACAUUGUAGCGAGUCACUAUUUUAUUGAACACGUAAAAUACUUAAUAAUGACACUUGAAUUAAUACAGUCCUAAUGUAAUAUAUAUAUAUAUUUUUUUUUUUUUUACAAAACUUUAAAGGAACACUACAGCGUUAAGAAUGCAAACAUAUAUUCCUAUUGCUAAACUUUUCUUCUGACUAUUUUGAUGUUCAUGCCCCCCUCCUAACACCUGCAAGAGAUUUGCUUUCUUUAUGUCUCACAGCGCGCUGAUCUCAGUGUUGCUACCAUGUCUCCUUGGAAGGCAUUGGAAGGCUAGCACUCAUGUUCGGCAGAAUGCCACGCAGCGCCAAUCAAAUGCUUUCUUUGCACAACCUUUUAUUGAAUAACCAAGUCUGACUGUGUUAUUUGGUGGAAGCGCCUCUAGUGACUGUCAGGAAGACUGCCAUUAGAGAGGUGUUUUAACACCUUAAAAAAUUGCUGUAUCUUCAAAUCUGUAUUGUUUUAUAUUGCAGGGUUAAAUUGACAAUACCACAACACCCAGACCAUUUUAUUGAGAUUAUGUGGUCUGGGUGCCGAUAGCGAUCCUUUUAAAUCUCAAUAAAACCACCUAUCAACAUCAUCAACCUUAAAACAUUUGGUUGGACAAUGCCCUUUUUGCGCAGGUACUAGAGGCUUGGAUCUUUAUUAGCGACAGAGGCCAGUACUGUUGGUAAUAAAAGUUUACAGAGCUUAGAAAAUAUUUCUCCAUAUUUUUGUUAAUCCAUAUUUAGUUUAGUUUUGGUUUUUAAUGAUUAAUUAUAUACCUUAAAAUAUAUAUACAUUUUGAAAUAUAGCGUUUCCCUUUAACCCACCCGCACCCUGCUAUUUCCUAGUGACCCCCAAAUAUUGCAUACUAGCUCCCAAAUCAAAUCAUGUGGAGUGUGAGAAUAGAUUUUAAAAAAAAAAAUUUUUUUUUUAUAUGUUUUCCAUCCAAUUUAAAAGAAUCACACUGUUUUCAAUCUCGAUAGGAAAAAUACAAACUGAAAAGUCUCAGUAGUAACUAUUCCUUUUUAUUUUAAAGAUCACAAGUGCGUCUGAGACAGAAGCUAUCACGUUCCAGAAACUGGUGAAGGGCCACGCUUACUCUGUGACUGCAGCUGAAGAGGUUGGUGUCAGGCUUAUUUUUUUUUUAAAUUCAUUAAGAGUAUGUUAAAAUGUGCUGUGUACAUUCUGUCUAAAACUUGAAUGUUUUAAUGUCGGUUCCACAAUCUGUCUUCCUAUUUUAAUCUUUAAUGGAGAUGUCAUCCAUAAACAGCUUUUAUAUAGUACUGUACUGCAUACUUACCUUAUAAAUAGACUAGUCACUAUAAAGUCACUAUACAAGUCUCUAUACAACAAACUAUUAUUUUUAUCUGCUGAAAGGGAAACAAAUCUCAGCUCAGUCCUAUCCUGUCUGUGGUCUUCUAAUUAAAGGAACACUAUAGCAUCCCUGCCUGUGUGCCAUAAAAUUAAAAAAAAAAAAAAAGUGUUUUACUCACAAGACUCCCUCGGCACUGCACACCUCUCUGCCUCCUGUGAUGUCAUGAAUGAGGUUUGGCCUCCCUUGGCAAUGGUCCAGUGAUCCUCAUAAAGGAGCAUUGGGGACCUGUAUGACAGCCACUAGGGGUGUGUUUACCCUUCCAUGUAAACAUUGCCCUUUCUACAAAAUGUCAGUGUUUUACCUUGAAGAGUUAAGCACACAGGACCACUCCACCCAGACUUCUUCUUUGAGAUGAAGUGGUCUGGGUGACUUUUAAUUCAUUUAAAGUGCAAAAUAUACAAUACCCAAAAGACAGCCCGUUUUUCAAAAGGGAAUACAUGAUAUUAUUCUGCUAAAAAUAUUUUUGGUGCAAAUAUUUAAAGGAACACUAUAGUCACCUAAACAACUUUAGCUUAAUGAAGCAGUGUUAGUGUAUAGAUCAUGCUUCUCAGGUUUCACUGCUCAAUUCAAUGCCAUUUAGGAUUGAAAUCACUUUUUCUGUCACACCUCCCCUUUCACUCAGAUGUAAUUUACCUUAAACAAUUGUAUCAGUUCUCUGUAAAUGUAACUUUAAUCACAUACAGGAGGCUCUUGCAGGGUCUAGCAAGCUAUUAACAAAACAGGGGAUAAUAAAAUGUAAAUUAAACAUAACUUGCAAUAAAGGAAGAAUAAACUUUAGAGGACUCUUUAGAGGAAGUGUUUAGGAAGGCUGUACUAGUCACAUGCAGGGAGGUUUAACUAGGGUUCAUAAAGUAAUUUAACUCCUAAAUAGACAGAGAAUUGAGCAGUGAGACUGUAGGGGCAUGUUCUAUACACCAAUACUGCUUAAUUAAGCUAAAGUUGUUUUGGUGACCUUAGUGUCCCUUUAAUGUUUUAUUAUUAUUAUAAUUUCUACUGCUCUAAGGGAAUAGGAUCAUAAUAUUUUUUAUUAUGAUUUAUGUCACUCAAUAUGAAAUCAUAAUUUGGUGUAGUUUAAAAUGUGUGAAUUAUUUUUAGAUAUUUUUUACUAUGUAUUUUCUGUAUAAAUUAAAAGAUGGAACAAACACAAUACAAUAAAAAUCAUUUGCUCAUUUUUAUUGAAAGCCAUGAGUAUAGAACACUAUUGUUUAAUUUCGGGGGAUGAAGCAGAAAUUAUAUUACGUGUAAAGAUAUAAUGUGUCGAUUAUUCAUAAAAUAACGACUCUCGUGCUGUUAUUCACCAUGUACACUGUGGAAUAAUGACCCAAAAAUAAUGUUUUUCUCUGUAUUAUUCAUGGUGGGUUUUUUUUAAAUUUUUUUUUUUUACUAUUUGGAUUAUUGUGUAAAUGCAAGUUAUUUUCUAAAUGAGCAUGUUCUGUAGAAAAUAAAAUUUAAUUGACAGUGCAACUCUCAAAAGAAACCUUUUGAUAUAUAAGCAAGCACUAAAGCGUAAAUAUGAUGUUAGCACAUGGGUGUGAUAUGGCAUAAAAGCUGAGAUUAUAAAUGUCUUAACUACCCUAACAAUGCUUAGCACUUGGCCUCCUUCCAGCACCUGAAGAGUUAAGGGUUUAAGAACAUGUCUUUCGAAAAAUCAUGUCUUUUUUUUUUUCAGUUAAUUUACUACACACUUUGUCAAUAGACCGUUUACAUAAAACCAUUACCUUCAUGGAGGGUAGGAGAGCAGGAAUGUAGAAAUAUAUUGUGAAUGUGUAUGGCACUGCUGUAGAUAAUAUUUUUUCUGAAACCAGCUGUGUCUAAUUAGUGUAUAGCUUUGCAACAAAAAUUCUAACUAUCAUUACUUCCGUAUAAUACUGAAUAAAUGUUCUCGCUACCUCCUAUACUGCUUCUUGAUGGUGUUUGUCCUCUAUUGAGUUUAACUUUGCAUUACUGGACUUUGGGUACUCACAGAUCAGGAUCUAUCAUAAGGUGACCUUAGGUGGCUGCCUAUUGGUCAGGCAGGGGCCCCAGAACCAUCAAUGCACUUGGCCUAUUCUCUAUCCAUGUUAUCUGUACACAGUAACUGAUUUCUUUUCUGCUCCUGAAGCUGCAAGAUAUCCAGCUUUUUGAGUUUUCUACAUUGACUGAGCAUGAAAAAAUGUGUGUUUUGACCAACACACGCCCUGAACAAAUUAUUUCCUGUUCUUCCGCAGCCCUAAGCAGUGCUGAGUUUAAACUACCUGUCUCCAAAUUGUCUGACACCUUUUCUAGCUAAGCUCUUUGUGUGCGAGUCUUUGUUUUUAUAACACCUACCUGUCCUGCGAUCACUGUAAAUACAAUGAUGCAAAUAACGAAAUGCGACAGGUGAAACUCGGACCCAGAAAUAUUUUUGUCUGACUGGCAGGGUUUUGUGAAGUCAAUACAUAUGGAUUCAAUCCCUAGAGGAGUCUGAUAGAAAUGUUCUGUGUACAUUGUUUGCAUAGUACAGGUUACAUUGUCUCACCUGUGUCUUGCAUCCGUGAGGCUGAAACAUCUCUUUUAUUUACAUUACUGUAAAUAAAAUAAUUAGUUUUUAGUUAGAAAUUCCCGAAUUCGUAAAUACAUUCGUACAAUCUUUCUUUCUGUUUUUGGAAUAUUACAUUGUCUUGGGGGAGUAAUUUGUUUGUCUGUAUGUUUGGUUUUUAUUUUGUGUGUGUUUGUUUCCCACAAGGUAAGCUACAGAGGACAGCAGGAAAAGCUGAUUCGGAUUCGAAAUCCUUGGGGUGAAGUAGAAUGGACCGGAGCUUGGAGUGACAAGUCAGUACUCAAUGCUAUAGUUGGGGAAUAUUUCACAGAAUUAGCAAAGAACACCGAAUGACUAGGAAAUGGAAAUUUAGCAAUAUCCAUUUUUAAUCAAUAAGGUUUAAUUACUAAACCAUGAACUUGGGUGAAUUAAAAAAGCAAUUCCUGCUUUUCCAGAUAUUCUUAAAACGGUAGGUUUGGCCUCUUUUAAGAACUUUCAAUUUUCAGUUCAAAACGAGGCAAUGUUUAAUUAGUAAAUUAAAUUUUCUCCCUUAUACACUACAAACUGUGUCUAGUGCCUUUUGUCAUAUAUAGUGCAAUAAAAAAAGUACAAAGUAUAAGUAAUUAAAGUGGCUUUAUUACCUGAAAUGUUAUUUUUAUCAUUUAUUUUUAAACAAUUUAGAAUUUCCGUGUAAACAUAUUUAGCUGUAUUUACUAAUUGACGAUCUGACAUUUUAUUGGUGUGGAGGUUGCUAUCUUGGAACUGCAUCCUAAUUACAAAAACAAUAACGGUAAUAAAAUAAAAUGCUAUGUUAUUCUUGUAAUGCCUGACUGUCUCUCAGCAAUUCAACUUGCACCAGAAAAAGGUCUCAUGGUACUAAAAGGAAACGAUUUGAAUUCUGACAAUUCUCACAAUAGUGAAUAACUCUGAUAGUGAAUAACUCUGAUAGUGAAUAACUCUGAUUGUGCUGGUGAAAGUGUUGCCAGUUAAAGGAAUACUAUAGCGUUAGGAAUGCAAACAUGUAUUCCUAACGCUAUAUUGUUUCCCUCACGAUUUUAGAUUAUUGGACCCCUGUAAAUUUAAUUAAACAUGGUUUUCACUUAAAUAGAAGUAUUCCCUGGAUAGAAAAUCCAAAUAGGGAGUACAGAGAAAAACGGGUUAUAAGGGUGGCAAUACGGGCAUAACCCUGCAUAAAGCACAAAAUAUACAAAAAAGUGAAGAAAGAACAACCCCGUGAUAAAUCAGGUUGUUCCUCUUCAAACCACCCCAAACAGAUCAACGUCUAAGGAAAAUAAAUAGAUUUUAUUAUUAAGAAUAGGACCAAAGAAACCUAAGAACUCAUAUAUGACAGUGGACUAAAAAGUUCUAGUGGAAACAGCAUGUAUUAAUCACUGUUAUAUGUAGAAAAUAGAACUCAAACAAAGUUAAAGCUACAUAUGAUACUGUGAACACACAUUGAACCUAACAGAAGGUCAGAGAGUGCAGAUUGAAUAAACUUGUAUGAAAAGAGUCAAUUAAUGAGGAGGACCAUAUAAAUAAAGAGGAACCUUCAAGCUGAAAAAGUCAGUCUCAUAAUAACUCCAUAUUAUACUAUGUGGUCGCCCCGGUGUGUAUAAGCACUGAGUAAACUAUUAAUAAAAGUCCACUGAAAAUAAAUGAGAAAAAGGUAUAUUCAAACAAAAACAAAUAAAUCAAAUUACCUAAGGACUCACAGAUAUAACACAAUACUGUCUAUAAACUGCAAGGUUCCAGUAUAAAUGGAAGUGGUCAAAGCACUAUCCCAUAUAAUAGUCUAAACUCAAAAAGAGUUAGUGCUGAGUAUGAUUGUAUACAUGAAACCUGCAGAAAGUCAGAAAGUGCAAUUUAGUAGACUUGCAUUGGAAAUCGAAAGGAUAGGGAAGAUAUUAUAAGCAGAGAGGGAUAUAAAAAGUGGAGAUGGAUAUAGAUAUAAAUAUAAAGUAAGCCUAAAUAGGACAGACAAAACUAAAUAAAUCCACCUCACAGUAAAUCCCUACUAGUUAGUCGUCCCGGUAUGUAAAACCGAUCAAAACAAGCCCAACGCGCGUUUCGGCGGGUAAACCGCCUUUCUCAAGAGCAAAAUAUAAUGUAUCAAAAUAGUGUAUCUAAUGUAUCAAAAUAGUGAAAAUAGUUUUCACUUACCUUGUUUCCAGCACCUGAGAAGCAGAUGUGCGGCAUGCGCCAUUCUCAUCCAAUCAAAUGCUUCUCAUAGGGAUGCAAUGCAUGAGGACGUCAAACCUCAAAUAACUAAAUCAAACUCCAUUAUGUGUGGAAGCGCCCUCUAGUGGCUGUCAGGAAGACAGUCCUAUCUAUCAUGGAAGACAGCCACUAGAGGUGUGUUUGACACUGUAAGUAAAUAUCUACCAAACAGCAAUGCUUUACAUUGUGGAGUUAAAACGCCACGGUCACCGCACCCAAACCACUUCAUAGAGAUUAAGUGAUCUGGGUGUCUUUCGUGUCCCUUUUAACAGCAAAUAGAUUCACAAUAAACCACUCUGAGAAGUGCUGGUGUUGCUUAUCAGUUUUGUAGAACCAGAGCAUCCUCGUCAGCCCCCUCACUUUUAGUAAGUGCUCAGCUUGUUACAAUUCAUACGUAGAAUUGGUGGCUUAGGGCUGCUAUUUUCAUCAAUUUAGUUUCUUGCUAUUGUCCCUGGUAAAUGGAUAAUCAGAGUUUUAGGUAGUUUACAUGUGGUUCAUGGUGAUCUGAAGAACAUGAUGAUGACAGUCACUUCACUGAUACUUUGUACAUGGUUUAUAAGAAUACACAUUUAAAAGACUAGGAGUGGAAUACCUCCAUGCAGACAGUAAUAUAAACAAUUACCCCUAUGCUGUAAGCAGGCCUUUGUGUGGGUGGAUUUGGGGUAUAAACAGUAAAUCCACAGAAAACUGUUAUAACCUUAAUAAAAGCCAUAAUUGGACCAAGGUUCUGAAUAUUGUGUUCCAUAUGUGAGCCUUCAAAACAGCCAUCGGCUUAUCCUCUUCUUUUAUGGUAAAGCUCAUCCUAUUCUCCUGAAUGCUGCUGUGCUUAUUAGAUAUUUAUUUUUAUAUUUUAUUUAUUAUUUUAUAUAUAUUGUUUUGUUUGCUUUGAUUAAAUCCUGCAUGUUGUAUUUACAGUUCUAAUGAAUGGAACUCUGUGGAUCCGGACGUACGUGACAAGCUAAUUAAGAGAUGUGACGAUGGAGAGUUUUGGUAUGAAGAAUAAAUGUGUUAUGUCUAUAAAUUAUUACAGUUUCUCAGUAGACAAUAGAAGUCUUACCUUAUCCAAAUGGGUUCUAAGAAGCACAGAAUGCUGAUAAAUGAUAUUUAACUGUCCUAUAAAAAAAGACCAGGUAAUUCUAACCUUCAGACAGCGGACUCAAUUUCCAAUGAUUCUCAGCCAGACUGAGAGCUUGCUGGUCAUUAUGGGAAAUAUAGUCCAUAGCCUCCAGAGUGCGAGUUGCUACUGCUGGACGGCACAAUGGCAGAUGGGAAUGAUUACAUACAAAUGUCAGGAAGCAGUGGGGAAAGCAUAUUAAAUACAAUGGAAUGUAGGGCCUGGAUCCUGAUGUUUAUGUGCAUGCCGAAAGAAUAACAUCACAGGGCUGUCUGUCUAUAUUUGAAUGAAAGAAAGUAAAAUACAGUGACUGUCAUGUAAAUGAGCACUACAUGUUAGAUUUGGCAUGAGUAACUGGAAUGUAAGUUGCUGGGAUUGUCUGCCAAAACACUGACAAGGGCUUUAACUUGCAGAACAUAUAUCUCAGUCAGUGCUCCAUUAAGACAUCUAAUCACAGGGGUAGGCAACCUUUGACACUCCAGAUGUUGUGGACUACAUCUUCCCUGAUGUUUUUGAGGAUUAUGGGAGAUGAUAAAGGUUGCCUACCCCUAAUCUAAUGUUACUUUUCUGACAACAGCUCCAGCUUGCAAGCGAGGGUGAGACUGAUUUGCUAAAGGUUGCCUACCCCUAAUCUAAUGUUACUUUUCUGACAACAGCUCCAGCUUGCAAGCGAGGGUGAGACUGAUUUGGUUUCUCCCUUCCCCUCACCCCCACCCCCCAAACACAGAAUAAUUCCCUUUGGUCCUAACAUCCAAACAUAUCUAUAAAUCUUCAUAUGAUAUUAAAAUUUAGCCAGCCAGCCUUUAGCCAGUGUUUUGGGACUGUCACAAAUGUACAUCAUAUCUCACUGAUGUCCUGUCUUCAGCAGUUUCUUUUUAAAUUUGCUGGAACAUCUUAAAAACCUAGUAAAAAUCUUCACCUGUUUGUGGUUAACGUUAUUGUAAUAGUGUCUCUGAGAUGCGUUGUAUAGGCAGAGUGAGUCCAGGCAUUUUAAUUGGCAAGAAAGGGAACAUUUCUGUUAAUAUGGACAGUCUUUUUCAAGUCAUAACAUCAUUGAAUUACACACACAUAUACAUACCACCCCUACACACACAUCCUUCACCUGAUUCAGUAAGUAAAUAGUCUUUCUGGUUAAGCAAUCACCUGAAUGAACAACCCCACAUUGAAAAGAAAAAAUGAAAGAAAUGUGUGUGUGCUGUUCAAUGAAAUGUUUUCAUGUUGUGCUUGUUGUUCUUAUGAUGGACUUUGUGCGCCUGAGCUCUCUCUGCAUUUGGAAGUAGUAAGGGGGCUUGCCAUCUCUUGAGCCUGCAGUAUAUUAUUUGGGUAAAUACUUUGUUACUGUUUUGACCAAUUAUCCUGUCUUCUGUAGGAUGUCUUUCAAUGACUUCUUAAGGCACUAUUCACGGGUGGAAAUCUGUAACCUCACGCCUGACACUCUGUCUUCUGAUAAAUACAAGAAAUGGAGUUUGACAAAGAUGGAUGGCACCUGGCGGAGAGGCUCCACUGCGGGAGGAUGCCGAAAUUUCCCAGGUGAGUUCCCAAAACUAGGUUUAUAUGUUUCUUGUGGGCUGGGGGCAAUGGAAAGUCAUCUUUAUUAGGGAGUCUCUUUUUUUUUUUUUUUUUUGUCAUUGAAAUUAUUAACCCUUAAAGUCAUCUCAUAUAUUUAAAAAAAACAACUAUGUGGAGGAACUAAGUGGCAGAAUUUUAAUAUUAGACAUGGUUUAUAUGUUCAACCCCUUAACCAUUAUGCCAUUUCACACCCAUGUGUUAAAUCCAUGUUUACGUUUUUGCAAUCAUUGCAUUAACACACCAAUGUCAGUACAGAUAUCUGUGAGUUACUGUCCAAAAAUUAUAUAUUGUUUUGGGUUUUGUAUCAACAGAUACAUAAGUGUAUUACACUUUUAGGUAAUAAUUCUAGUUUGCAAAACAAUCCAAACACUGAAAAAAACACCAUACAAAAUGCAAACUCAAAAAAUUAAGAUUGGUGCAAUUUUCCAUAUUGCAUAUGGUAAGCAACAGUAUGGUAGUCAUUUUCUUAUAAAUAUUUCAAAAAUACAAUCUUCUUGGCCCUGCACAUUUUACAACAGUUCAGCUUCCAGAAAAUACAAAUUUAGAAGAUAAAACAUAGAUUUUAUUAACUUUCUACAAUCUAGUAAUUUAUGUACAAAAAGCAUAAGAAUAAAAUGUUUGUAAAGAAUAUUGCACAUAUUUUUAAAGUACAGCAAAGUUGGAUCUCACAGUACUUAAUCUUACUCAUUAUAAUAAAAUAAUCAAUAUCCUACCUCAGUACAAAUUCAUUUACUAUAAUAAGUUAAUAAGUAAAUUGAAGAAGUAAGUUGUGUAUUUUUUAAAUAUCCAGAUGCUAUGGGCUCUCAGGACAAAUAGUCAGAUUUCUCUGUCACACAGCUUAGUCUUCACAAGAUUUUACCCAUGUUUUGCACCAAACACACUAUCAAACUUUGCCUGCCCUGCACUUUGGUGACAUCAUCAAUAGAAGCAGAUGUUGUAUGUGCCUUACACAUCUGUCCAUGGGGGCUUCUAGAGGCCAAUUCCUCACAUGACCUUCUUGAGAUUUUAAUACAGCUUUUCAGUUUUAUCCUGAACCUCCCUAAAGACACUGCAGUACAGUUGCCCCACUACAGGAUAUUAUCUAGUGCCUUCAUAAUUACACACCCAAAGAGGAUCUGAUGCCAAGUACCUGUACCUGAACGGUCUACUCUUGUGGCUUUCACAGCUGUAGGAUCCACUGUUUCAUAUUUACCUCCAUGCUUGGGGUUCUAUGUUUAAUUUGAUAAAAGGGGAAGUUUGCCCAAUUGCCCAUCAGAAUAAUAGAGAAGAUACAUUUAUGUACAUACUAUGGACUGUUUCCCUUUCCUCCUCUAUCGCCGCCACCCCUUAUUUUCUUUCUACUUUUUCUCCAUCUUCCCUGCAUAAAAAGAGGCAAAAUUUCAGCCCUACAUGAGCCUUUGUCAAGCUUUGUUCUUGACAUGGACUCAUGUAGAGCAGAAACGUUGCCUUAUUCUAUCCAAUAAAUCUGUCCUGGACCUCAGCCUGUGCUCAGCCCUUGUUUGGUUUUAAUGUACAAAAGCCUGGUCACCUCCGGAUUGGAGGCAUGGUUUGUAGAAGACGUGCCUAACCUAUUAUUAUUUCUGCUUUGUUUUGUACUGGGCUGAGUCAGGUCCUACUAUGCGUAGCUAUGAAAACCUUGCACGUGAGAAGUUAUAAAUUAAAUCAACUUGCUAAAUCUAAACCAGCAUUUUGUUAUGAGUCCUCUACUCACAUACUCACACAUUGAUUCCAUUACUUGAUUUAUUAUGGCCUCGAUUUAAUAUUUUUGAAUAAGCAUUUCGAAUUAUACAAAUCUGUAUAUUUCCAAAUUAUUUAUCUACAGAAGUCACAGUUAAAGUAUAUGGGAAUAUUUGCAGAUACAUCAGUUGGAUAACUUUUCUGAUAGGAUUGUAUCAUUUGAAAACCUUAUCCAAAAGAAUUAACUCCAGGCCUGCAUCGGGUCACAGAAACCUUUUACCUCCUUGUAGAAGGAGUUUGACAGCUGUCAAUGUGAUUCCCUACAGACACGUUCUGGAUCAACCCCCAGUAUGUCAUCAAGCUGGAAGAGGCAGAUGAUGAUCCAGAUGAUGAUGAAGAAGGUUGUACUUUCAUUGUUGGUCUGAUCCAGAAAAACCGCAGGAAGGCAAGAAAAAUGGGCGAGGACAUGCACACAAUCGGCUUCGCUAUUUACGAUGUACGUUCACAUGAUGAAAAAUGAAAAUAUAAUUUUGUACUUUUUCUACCUUAUUUUGACACAAGCAUCUUAUCUAUCAGUCCCUACUCCCUCUAAUAUACUAUUAUUUCUCUUGUGUGUCUUUACUCCUUCCUCCUAGACUGUAAGCUUGUUUGACCAGAGUCUUAUUUUCCUUCUGUCAAUAUCUUUUGUAUACAGAGAGUCCAGGCUCACACAUUGCAUCAUACUGCAGACUGUUUAUUGGUAUAAGGACAACUUGACAAUGUUUUGCCCGACAUAGACGACCUGUGAACAGUCUGUUGACUCUGUGCCUGGACUCUCUCUGUAUUUGGGAGUACUAUGGGAGUUUGCGAUCCCCAGAGCGCCAAUAUAUUGUUUGCAUAAAUUACCUCAUAGGAUGUGCGAAGUCCCCACUGGAAUCUUAUUUGGUUAAAUAUUAUUUUGUAUUUCAAUAACUUUGUGUCAAAUAAUUGUAAAGCGCUGAGGAAUAUGUUAGCGUUAUAUAAAUAAUAGUAAUAGUAAAUAAUCCUGUGCAAAUAAGUGAUAGAUGGUAAGUUAUCAUUACAAUGAAAAACUUUAAGGUUCCUUUUUUUACUAGAGUGCAAAUUCUAAGCCAAAGUCUGCUAUUUUGGCCUGAAAUCUGCUCUCCAUUGUCUAUUCUCUAUAAUUCCGUGUUUGGGAAGGAAUCUUAAAGGAAUGAAAUGCUUUGAGGUCCACCAUGCUCAUGCUCUUGAGAACCUUCCACAUUCAUUUACUUUCUCUCUGUUAUUUCCACUUUUGACUCAUCUCACUGUUAACCUCCAGAAACUCAUUCAUCCUGUUUCUGGGUUUUUUGGCCCAGGCAUGUCUCUGCUUCUUGUUCUGCACUCUUAGCAAUUGUCCUUGGCAACACGUCUUCCAGUUAUACUAGUUUCAUGCAAUAUCCGUCAGUCGAUGCUGAAACAUUGUUACUUCUGGUAGCAUUUAGCUGAGUUUGCAGUUCGGUAAUUGUGUUUUUGGCAGACUUGGGACCAGAACAAACUUUUUGGAUUCUGAGAUUGGCCUGAUUGCUUUGUUCUGUCUUUGUGAGCUCAAGAAAUGUGUAGAGUCUGAAUGUCAUUUCCAGGAAUGAUAGAGUUAACAGAAGCUUUAUCCACAUUAUAACCUGCUUCCUGGUUAAUCUCAAUCAGAUUAAAUCAUAUUUAGCCUCAGUCACACAGCAUUUUUAUAGACAGGUUUAUAUAACUGGCAGGUUCUUCAAAAAAUCCUAAGGGAUGAAUGAGGUUGAAAUGUAUUUCAGACUCUACUCCGGGACUUCCAAUAAAGAUUCAGUAAUUGAGAAGAAUAUGGAAAAUGAUUGCAUUCAGGAAACUACUCUUGAAUAGGUGGUGCAGUUCAUAUGGUAACAUUAUCUUCCAGGGAUAUGGAAACAUUAUCACAGGAAAAUAUUUUGACUUUUUCCAGGCAGUAACUCAUUUGGAUGUAGAUUGUAGUGCAGGUGGUAACUAUAUCACAUUUUUCUACAGAGUUAAUGAUGGUGCUUUAUAAAUGCCAGUAAUAAUGAUAAUAAUAUAGAUACAUGGUCCAGGUGUUCUUACACAAGCUUCUAAUUUGGUUUUUAAACUUCUCAUCUUCCACUUUACCUCGUGAUGCUGACUUGUUUUCUGGUAGUCAGUGGCUAUCCCAUGACGUGUCCCUCAGUCUUUGAUUUUGACCUCUCUUCCUCGUUGUGGAUGUAAUAGGUCCAAUCUUUCUUAUUAUUUCAGUCUGUUCCCCUGACAGCUUAAAUGUUUGAACAAUGCACCUGCUAUUCGGGCACUGACUAAAUAUCUGUUUGAAUCAGCUUGUAUGCAGUGUUUGAUAACUUGUAUAACUAAAUAUUAAUUGCUAGACCUCUUUUAUAUUUGCCAGACUGCAAAUUGGCCAUUAACCCAAUGUGACUCACCUGUGCAGCAGCAAAUUUAUACUCCUGUUCAAGUAGUUUUGGUGAUAACGUGUGAGUUAUAAAGUGUGUGUGAAAUAAGUGAAAUUUUAAAGUAACAGUAAAUGUUGACGGUAUAUCUCUCCCUAAACCUUAAAUGUAACAGAAGUACGGACUUCUGUGCAUCAAGGAUAUAGACACACUACAAAUAUAACACUUACUUGAAAAGUAAACAUGGUUGUUAACAUGAAGUUCUCUUUAAAAGAUUUUAAAAACAAUAAGACAAAAAUAGAGCAGACAACUUCAAGUUAAUAAAUGUCUUUCAUUUUCGAGUAAGUGUUACUUUUGUAGUGUGUCUGUAUCUUUGGGAUGCAAGGUCGGGAUUUCUGCCUCUUGUAUUUUAAAGAGAAUAUAUACACUCUUUGUUGGGUACCUUCGCUACAGGUGGGAUUCUAAGACAAUUGAUAUUUAAGGUUUGCUCAUUUUAUUUUUUAUUUUUUUGUGUGUGUUUUGCCUAAGUCUUGAAAGCCAGUUUUAACCCCCCUAUUUUUUUUAUGCGUGUAAAUUCGACAUACAUGAUAAGUGACAAAUGAUAAUGUACCUUUAAUUAAAAAAAAAUAUUUCUUUGUUUCCCAUUCCUGUCUUUAGGUCCCUCAACAGGUACGUUGACUUUGUGCAAUUUAACAUUUAAUGAAUAAAAAACAUUCUCUAUUAAUAAAUCUAACGGAGGAUAAUGUGCAAAGUAUUAUAUAUAACAUAGAAACAUAGAAUGUGACGGCAGAUAAGAACCAUUCGGCCCAUCUAGUCUGCCCAAUUUUCUAAAUACUUUCAUUAGUCCCUGGCCUUAUCUUAUAGUUAGGAUAGCCUUAGGCCUAUCCCACGCAUGCUUAAACUCCUUUACUGUGUUAACCUCUACCACUUCAGCUGGAAGGCACUUCCAUGCAUCCACUACCCUCUCAGUAAAGUAAUACUUCCUGAUGUUAUUUUUAAACCUUUGUCCCUCUAAUUUAAGACUAUGUCCUCUUGUUGUGGUAGUUUUUCUUCUUUUAAAUAUAGUCUCCUCCUUUACUGUGUUGAUUCCCUUUAUAUAUUUAAAUGUUUCUAUCUUAUCCCCCUGUCUCGUCUUUCCUCCAAGCUAUAAGAAUAGAAUGUUGUAGCGGAACCAUCACUUAGUCUUGUACAUUAUUACUGUAAUGUUUGUGAUUGUCUUACUCCAUCAUAUAUUGAACACUAUUACUAUCUUUAUACUAAUGUGGCAAAAAGCAGUUCUCUAUGGGGUAAUAUAUUUACUAUAUUAUAUACUGACUAUUAUCUUAUUGGAACAUCAACACAAAGGUGCCAUGUAUGUAUUAGUUGUCUUACUGAGGCUUUUUUGGGGCUUUGCGCUUGCAGUUACUCUGUGUAAUAUUCGCCACAUUACUAAUUCAAAUUUUUUUUAUUUACAUUUUUUUUUAAAUCCCUAUAGCAAUCAUAAAUGAUUAAUUUGAAUGAUUAAUGUAAAAAUGUGUGCGCAGAUUGCCUUUUGAAAGUUGUGAAAACACUUUACCAAAUAUUUUUAAAGCGAGAUCAGCACAAAUGGUGUGUGAAUAUAUCUGAAAUUUACUAAUCAAUUUCAAAAACACAGAUAAAAAGUAAUUACUUUACGACAUAUGUGGUUUGGGGUUUUCUAUUUUUUGGCACUUUGUUUGCACGUACCUCCCAUAAUACAACAAACAAGCAGGUUGCGCAUAAUAUUCAAAAGAAUACUGUAAUAAGUAUAAAAGAGUCCACAGGACACAGUCCACGUUUUAAGCAUUCACCAAAUGACCUUGCUUCCUCCAGCGUUAUAAUUCUUUAUCCGUGGGUACAUGUAAAAGAGGGAGGGAGAAAAAAAAAAGACCCUAUGGUUCAGUAUUUUUCCUAAGUGAAGACACACAACAUUCGUGUACAAAUUCACACUCACAUAAUAUGGAGCUUCAAACAGCUCCAGUCACAACAGCAUGUAGUGGAUAACAUAGCACAGUGAGCUCACAUAACAAGUAGAGGGUAUUUGUGGUUGUUUGUUCAGUGUUAAUGCAUGCAGUUCCUCCUGACACGCGCCCACGAGGAACCCCUGUCUGUUUAUUUCCUUUUAGAUGGUUGGGAAGACGGACCUCCACCUUAGCAGAGAUUUUUUCCUAAGAAAUAAGGCCAGAGAAAGAUCAGACACCUUCAUCAACCUUCGUGAAGUACUUAACCGGUUUAAACUCCCACCAGGAGAAUAUGUCCUAGUCCCAUCAACCUUCGAACCUCAUAAAAUGGGAGACUUCUGCCUCCGUGUGUUUGCUGAGAAGAAUGCUGAGGCUGUGUAUGUAACAAAACUAUCUGUUUUAUGGGUUAAAACCUGGGGGAAUAGUAACAUUUGGCUCAGCAGCUCCUUUUUGUUGCCUGAGCAUAAUGUGUGCAGCUCUUUCCAGCACCUAGAAUACGUGUUAUCUGAUCCACAAUGUAUUCCUGGCCCUUUUUUCUCUUUCUCAUGCUAUUGAGCAGUACAUGCUGUUAAGAUCCAGUAUAUAGCAAUCCUCUGUUAAUUCAUUGUUUUCCCUCCUAUAUCAAAGGAUCUCCCUUUUGCAGCAUCAAUAUUACAUAAUGCAGGGCAGCACUUGCCUUGUACUGCCCAAAAAAUGAAACAUAGAAACAUAGAAUGUGACGGCAGAUAAGAACCAUUGGGCCCAUCUAGCCUGCCCAAUUUUCUAAAUACUUUCAUUAGUCCCUGGCCUUAUCUUAUACUUAGGAUGGUCUUAUGCCUAUCCCAUGCAUGCUUAAUCUCCCUCACUGUGUUAACCUCUACCACUGCAGCUGGAAGGCUAUUCAAUGCAUCCACUACCCUCUGAGUAAAGUAAUACUUCCUGAUAUUAUUGUUAAACCUUUGCCCCUCUAAUUUAAGACCUCUUGUUGUGGUAGUUUUUCUUCUUUUAAAUAUAGUCUCCUCCUUUACUGUGUUUAUUCCCUUUAUGUAUUGAAAUGUUUCUAUCAUACCCCCCCCCGUCUCGUCUUUCCUUCAAUCUAUACAUGUUAAGAUCCUUUAACCUUUCCUGGUAAGUUUUAUCCUGCAAUCCAUGUACCAGUUUAGUAGCACUUCUCUGAACUCUCUCUAAGGUAUCAAUAUCCUUCUGAAAAUACGGUCUCCAGUAUUAUGUAAAAUUCUCCAAGUGAGGUCUCACCAGUGUUCUGUACAAUGACAUGAGCACUUCCCUCUUUCUACUGCUAAUACCUCUCCCUAUACAACCAAGCAUUCUGCUAGCAUUUCCAGCUGUUCUAUUACAUUGUCUGCCUACCUUUAAGUCAUCAGUAAUAAUCACCUCUAAAUCCCUUUCCUCAGAUGUUGAGGUUAAGACUCAAAUAUUCUGUACUCUUCCCUUGGGUUUUUACGUCCAAUAUGCAUUAUCUUGCACUUAUCCACAUUAAAUGUCAGUUGCCACAACUCUGACCAUUUGGCUUAUCCCUCCUGGAACAUCAAAGCUGUUACAUAUCUUAGUAUCAUCGGCAAAAAGGCAUACCUUACCAUCAAGACCUUCUGCAAUAUAACUAAUAAAAAUAUUAGAGAGAAUUGGUCCAAGUACAGAUCCCUGAGGUACCCCACUGGUGAAAAGCCCAAGCUUUGAAUAUACUCCAUUGACUACAACCCUCUGUUGCCUGUCACUCAGCCACUGCCUUAUCCAUUCAACAAUAUUUGAAUCCAAGCUUAAAGAUUGGAAUGUAUUGAUAAGCCAUCUAUGUGCAACAGUGUCAAAAGCCUUACUGAAAUCUAGGUAAGCAAUGUCUACUGGACCACCCUGAUCUAUUAUUUUAGUUACCUAAUCAAAAAAAUCAAUAAGAUUAGUUUGGCAUGAUCUCCCUGAAGUAAACCCAUGUUGUCUCUGAUCUUGAAAUCCAUGUGUUUUUACAUGUUCAACAAUCCUACCCUUUAACAUGGUUUCCAUUACUUUCCCCACUACUGAAGUAAGGCUUACUGGCCUAUAGUUGCCCGACUCCUCCCUAUUACCUUUCUUGUGAAUGGUCACAACAUUUGCUAACUUCCAAUCUUCUGGGACUACUCCUGUUAACAAUGAUUGGUUAAAUAAAUCUGUUAAUGGUUUUGGUAGUACACCACUAAGCUCUUUUAAUAACUUUGGGUUUAUUCCAUCAGGUUCCAUUGACUUAUUUGUCUUUACUUUUGACAGUUGAAAUAUAACCUCUUCCUCUGUAAACUCACAUUUAAUAAAUUACUAAUUUGUCCUUUUUCCUAACUGAGGUCCCUUUCCUUCAUUUUCAUCUGUAAAUACCGAACAAAAAUAUUAAUUGAGGCAGUUCGCUAGACCUUUAUCCUCUUAUACAUACCUUCCUUCUUUUGUUUUUAAUCUAAAAAAAUUGUGUCCCCUUGUGUGAUUUGGAAGCUCUUAUAACUUGAUUAGCCUCUUUCUGCCUAAUCUUAUAGAUCAUUCUGUCUUCCUCACUCUGUUUUUUUUUUAUAAUUACUAAAUGCUAACUUUUAGUUUUUUACUAUUUUGGCCACAUCUGCGGAGUACCACAGUGGUUUCUUGAAUGUGUUUACUUUUACUGACAAGCCUAAUGUAAUUUUCUGUUGCCUUCAGCAGUGCAACUUUUAAAUAAUCCCAUAUCUCUUGGACUCCAUUUAAAUUGCUCCAGUCUGAUAAUGACUUCCUUACACAUAUUCUAAUUUUAGAAAAGUCUGUUUUUUUUUAAAGUCUAAAACGAUUUUUUUUGUGCGGUGUGACUCAGUCACUGUUCUUAUAUUAAACCACACUGACUAAUGAUCACUGGAUCCUAAACUUUCACCUACAGUAAUAUCUGAUACCAAAUCUCCAUUUGUUAACACUAAAUCUAGUAUGGCCUCUUUACGAGUUGGCUCCUCAACGACUUGUUUUAGAGACAAUCCCAGUAGGGAGUUUAGAAUAUGUGUGCUCCUGGCACAUGCAGCUAUUUUGGUUUUCCAAUUCACAUCAGGAAGAUUAAAGUCACCCAUGAUGAUAACUUCCCCCUUCAUUGUCAUUUUAGUUAUUUCCUCAACUAGUAGAUUAUCUAACUAUUCUAUUUGUCCUGGGGGCCUAUAAAUUACACCUACACGAGUUACUGUGUGAUUACCAAAUUCUAACGUAACCCAAACCGACUCUAUGUUCUCCUCACUAACUUUUAUUAGGCUAGAUUUUAUGCUAUCUUUCACAUACAGGGCCACCCUCCCCCUUUCUUGCCUUCCCUGUCUUUUCUAUAUAAAGAGUACCCUGGUAUUGCUAUGUCCCAGUCAUUUUUCUCAUUAUACAAUGUCUCAGGAACGGCGACUAAAUCUACAUUAUCAGUUGCCAUUAUUGCCACAAGUUCAGGGAUCUUAUUCCCUAAACUGCGUGCAUUUGUAGACAUGACUCUAAGCUUAUCAUUUUUUAACACACUUGCUACAUGCACCUUCUGUCCUUGUUUUGUGGGGCAAUUGGAUUGAUGUUUUAUCACCCUUUUGCCCCCCCUCCUAGUUUAAAUACAUCCUAGCAAAACCUUUGAACUGCUCACUGAGAACAUUUGUUCCCUUUUGAGAAAAAUGCAAACCAUCUUUUUUGUAUAGUUUAUUUCCAUUCCAAACAGAGCUACCAUGAGAAAUAAAGCCAAAUACUUGCUCCCGACACCAUUCACCAAGCCACAAGUUAAAGUCCCUAAUACGCAUCCGCCUGUCAUUCUGAGUGUUAUGCACAGGCAGAACUUCAGAGAAUGACAGUGUGGAAGCAACCUGCCGUAUAUCAUUGGCAAAAACACUAAAAACUUCCUUAACCUCUGAAACCUCAUUGCAAGCCAAGUCAUUUGUCCCUAGAUGGACAAGUACAUCCAAUUCCCCUUCCUGCUUUGCUCGCUUAACAAUAUUACAGAUACGUCUCCUGUCUCUGUGAGCAGUAGCUCCGGGAAGACAUCUCACAAGACCAUCAUUGUCCAUCUCCACACCUCUUAAAAUGGAAUCCCCCAACAAAAACUGCUUUCUAUUAGGCCUCACCAUAGUCUUCAAGCUGGUCUCCACAACACCACUACCCUCAGUGCCUGAGCCUGUCUCCACAACACCACUACCCUCAGUACCUGAUCCUGUCUCCACAACACCACUACCCUCAGUACCUGAGCCUGUCUCCACAACACCACUACCCUCAGUCCACAACAACACUACCGGUGUCCAGGAAAACAUGGAAAACAGGGUGGAUUUGGCAGUGUUAUAUCCUGAUGCUGCAAUUUAUGAUUUCCAUUUUGCUCAUACGGCAAUCCUAGCUGCAACAACAGAGGUUCCCUGUCCCGUUAUAAACUGUAUGAUUAUAUCCAUGUCACGGAUUCACUAAGGGUGAUUGGAUAUUCACUAACAUUCGCUAUCCUAUCCAUACAGGCUGACAAUUUGCAUGAAUGAAAUGCCUUGUUUGUGUCUUCACAGAAGGUAGUUGUGUUACCAAAAGUUUGUUAUAAAACAAAUAUAAAAACUAGAACAAUAUGUGUGUAUAUAUAUAUAUAUAUAUAUAUGUGUAUGUGUAUGUGUGUGUGUGUGUGUGUAUAUAUAUAUAUAUAUACACAAAAAUUAAAUAACAAUGUUAUAUUGUUUUUAACUUUUUUUUUGUAGUGUGGCAGAUGAUAAAAUUGAGGCAAACCUCCCAGAGGUAACGUACUUUUGACUUAAUAUAAUCGUAUAAACAUGUGGAAAUUCGUUUGUGAAACCUGUAUUUAAAGGGACGUACGCCACGUAGAAAAUGAACUGCAACAUUAUUAUUUAUGUGUGAUAAAUAACCAUAAAAUGCUAAUGAAAAUACACCAUGGCUUAAAAUAAAUUUCUCAUGUUUGGAUUUAAUAAUAAGUAUAAAAACAAACUAAUAUAUUUUAUACCAGAAACACUUCGUUAUCAAAAAUAUGCACACAGUCUCAGUAGCACUCAGUGUGCUGUUUUUAAUUCACAACCUGGCUGCCGACAGACAGAGAAUCUACACACAGGUAGUGAUAUCCUCACUAUAUAACUGCCUGGGUGUCCUCUCCUUCUAAUGCAGAUUGUUUUGUUGUUCAGAUCAAUCGAUACUGUCAGUGGCUGAGCUGUGUACAUACAUUUGAUAAGGAAGUCAUUUUCUGGAGUGAGGGGACGUGGCAAAGGAGGCAGGCUUAUGGUGCAGCAUUUUGCAAAACAUUAAUUUAUUUUAUGGAAAAAUAUAAAAAUUUGAGCAUGCAAAAAAUAUAGCAUAUUAAUGCAUUAAUAUUAAUCAAAUGCAUUAAAGUUGUAAUGGUGCCUGGAGUGACCCUUUUAAUUAAAUUCUGUAGUUAAAUCUUGCCCUGUGAACAUCAAUGCCCCUAGCUUCCUUUUUUAUUAUUUUUUUAACAUAUCUUGCAUGCAUACAGUAUACAUGUGUAAACGUUGCUCCAUUACAUAUAGGCGAUUUUUAAUGAAUCACAGUUUACUGUCAGACCUAAACCAACCUAGCAGGCUCAGCUAAACUUUCAGACUCUUCCUCAUCAGACAUCCACGUGCUCUAAGCAUGCAGGGAAAUUUUGGGUUAUUAUGCCACAUUAUCAUAGGCCACAAAUGACUAAUUUAAAUGAAAUGUCUCUGUUGCGUCAGAAAAAAAAUAUUGGAUAUUAAAAACUUGCAGCAAGAGGAAAAAAAGGAUGAAUAAUCAAUCUGAUUGUGAGAUGACCAGAGUGUUUUGUGAAUAAAUAUUGUAUCACAGUGAGCUGGUACAGCAUAAUCUUAAGUGUCCCUAUUUAUGAGAGACAGUCCCUAUUUGGAGCCUUAAUCCCUCUGUUCUAUCUUAAUGUCCCUCGUUUCUAGGAGCUCUGUAUUGUUUGUGUGUCUGAGUGUAUAACAGAGCUCCACAGCAAUAAUACUCCCAGUAAUGUGCCUUUAAACUACAAUAAAUGUAUUUAGAAAUCAGUCUGUGUAAAUAAGAUACAUUGUUCUGGUUCCAUGUUACAUUUUAGUUUUUAUAAAUUGUUAUUAGUAAGUCACUUAAACUUUCUCAGAACAGCCGCGCCCCUGAUCACCCCCAACUCACACCCCUAAUCUUUGUCCAUUUGAAGUGGGUGUUGGAUGGUGAGGUCCAGUGUGGCCUACAUUGGUUCUCCUGUGGCCUUCUUUUUCUGUUAAAUUUUCGUUUCCAUGAUGUUCCCUGUCAGGAUGACUUCACUGAAGACCAGAUCGAUCCCAGUUUCAAGAGAUUGUUCCAGCAGCUGGCGGGAGAGGUGAGUCUGUGGAGAUACCUGAAUGGUUCUUCUUUAAUAGCUAUCCAAUACUUACUGCACAUUCACUCAUUCCUUUCACUGUCCAGGAGAUGCACAUAGGGCUGCAUGGGGUCUACACUUAUACCAAUCAAUGUAAUGCAGGGCACACAAUGAAGGUAUAUACAAGCUAGAAUCAGAAGGAGCGCACGGUUAUUACCCUGUUUCCCUCAGGGCAUAGUCUAUACUCUACAUACAAUACAACAUAUUAAAUAAAAUAGGGCACACCAAAUAAUAAAACAAAAUAACACAUCCUGAUUGUAUAUUUUUUUAUUGUCUGUUUUUUAAUCAAAAAGGUGUUGUGUACGGUAAUAACGCAUCAUCCGUUUGGCUAACUUUAUAUGUACUAUUUGUGACUCCAAUAAUUGCCGAUUUUGAUUGACUCGUAAUAAUAACCGAUAAAACAAAAACAAACAAGACAAUCUUUAUUAGAAACACAAAUCCCAAUUAUUAGUCCUCUCAGUUAUAGAAAUCCAUAAUACAACCUAGAGUAGUAAAUAGAAUAGUCCAAAGUUUAGGUGACUACCGGUAGGGUCUUAAACCCACGUGUUCUACCACAAGAACUUACCAGCAUAGUUUUAACCAGGAAUGCUCAGUGUGUGAUCGCUCAUGUUGGCGUGUGUGUGUUUUUGUACCAGAUAACAGUUUUUCUUUCUCUCUCCAGUGAAAGACCAUUCAUCCCCCCUUAUAAAGUAUUUUGAUACAGUAGUGACGACAACUGACUCAUUUAGAUUAUUUUAUUAUGAAUGUAUGUUUCUAUUUGCAGUCUAUUUACAGACUUUGUUCAAUUUUUAUUCCAAAAUAUUCCCCACUAACUGAAUUUUGUGUUUUAUUUAUUUUCAAUCUUCAUAGAUGUCACCAGAGGUAUGAUGUGUGACAUGUGUUGUGUUGUAUAUAAGGGUUGAUUCAAUUACGUGUAAUCUUUGAUGCACACUGUAAUUAGAUACGUACUAUAAUCACGUUUACUGCGCAGCAAACUCUACAGAGGCCAAAACCCAGAGCAGCAUCCUUGUUACUUACACACAUUAGAAAGAAAGGGCACAUAAUUGAAUCAUGCAUAUUGUAUGGAAUUUGUUUGGCUUUUAUCCUCUAAAUCCCUACCUUCCCCUCUCCACUAGCUUUCCAGAAUGCUGUGUCCCUCUCUCAGACUCGGACCAUUCCGAAUUCGACACAAACUUGCAAACGCUUUACAUGAUUGGCUUUUCGUGCUAGCGAAAGGCAACACACUUUUUCCCUAUUACGUUAAUUUUGCACAUUUGAAGGCCCCUUAUUAUAAAGCAAUAGCCUAUGGCUCCCUAUCAUGGAGAAUAUAGCAAUUUAUUUAUUAUUUGCUUGUGCGCCAUUAAGCGAUUGCCCGGCGUCCAUUCCUGCAGUAUGCUGGGAGCAUGUCUGGCACAGCUAAAGAGUCCGCUUCUUCAAAAACAGUUUAUUUGAUAAACCAGUACCUGCGGUGAAAUGACAACCUGAAUGUAGGCUAAAUUAAGCAUGUUAUAAAAAUCUGAGUUGAAUUUGGUCAAAGUAUUGAUGAGGAUUCAGGAGUAUUUUUGAUCAAGUAUAGUUGGUAUGUAUGACAUUUUUUUUUAAAUGAAUUUGGGGAGGUUGGAUGAUAACCGAGCUAGUGACAGAGUGGGGGCGAGGGGAGGAUUAAUAUUGUUUGUGAUGAGGGGUAAUCAGAUUUAGGAAUACUCUAGGCAGGCAUUAACCUUCACACCCUCCCUUCCCCCAGAUAGUGUGGACUACACCUCCCAUGAUGUUUUGGUAGCGUUAUGGGAGAUGUAGUCAAAAACAUCUGGAGUGCCGAAGGUUGCCUACCCCUGCGCCUGGUACCUUAGAUGCAGCUAAAAUAAAGGGCUAAUUCUACCUUAAUGUAAAUUAGGCAUUUUCCUGAGAACCGAGUAAAAUGGAUGCUUCUAGCCACAUGGACCAGAAUACUUCCCCGACUGAUUCAGAGCCUUUUCUUGGGGUCUGUAUCUCUGGUCGCUGCACCUCACUGUUAACAUAGCCUCUUCUUAAUGUGCUCCUAGCUGGGGUAUCUAGCCACUACUCUAAUUCAUACAGGAGGGCAAAACAAUGAGAGAGCAACAAAGGGCAACCUCACCGACACACAACAAGGAGCCUCCCCUCACACAAUCCCCCAAAUAUAAAGUGAAAUAACCCCCAGUUAGGCAGCACGCCCUGCUUUCUAAAGCUGUUUUUUUUCUCUCUCCUUUAGGUCUUUAUAAAAUGUGCAAAAUUAGUAGACUGAUGCGUAUUUAGAAUUUAGAGGUGUGGUUGCUGGUGGCCUAUUGUACAGUGCUACAGAAUCUGAUGGCGCUAUAUAAAUAAUAAUAAGUACAAAAAUACUCCCAUCGUUCCAUUAAACAUGUUAAAUCAUCAGCUUCCUGUUCUGGCUGCAAUAGUCCUCACACUCUGUAUCAUUUAUUAUUUCUGCAUCACUUUAGUCCACGUACAUUUUUUGUUGGUUAGGUCAAAAGUAGAGAUUGCAGCAUAGGUAGAGUUAAAAUCUAACUGAUGCCUGUCGCUGUGACAAUGCCCAGCCGCCACGUUUCCACUUUUAGUGAAUAGCUGAUAAAUCCAUUAAAGUUUCCUCCAGUGAUGCCUAAUAGCCUGUACAGCCCGGCUGUCAUGUCACAAGCCGUGUGGGAACUUCGAGCCCCAGGGAGAAUGUAUCCAGGAAGAUCACAAGGUUCUGUGUUACUCUGUUACGCUCUAUUACAUUAUACCGCAAUGUUAUUUGUUGUUCUUUUUUUCUCCCAGGAUAAAGAGAUCUCAGUGUUCGAACUUUGCAACAUCCUCAACAAAGUGAUGGCAAAUCGUAAGUCUCAGCGUAUCUCUGCUUUAUGCUAUACUUUGGGUUUUUAGAAUGUAAAUGAUACCACGGUCCUUAGGAGCAUCACAUCCAGAAUGAUAGUGUAAGAGCCCUGUAUGCGACUAACAAUCUCUCAAUGCAGCAUGGAGGACUCAGAUCUGUGUCUUGUACUGGUAUUGAAAAGGUUUGAGAAGUCACCUCCAGGAGGUGCUGGAAAUAUCAGAAUUUUCUUCUUUCACUGGACCUGCGCAUGCGUGUAUACAGGCUAGUCUAUUCUAGUAUUACUGCCUGUCUGUAUGUCCGUUCUCCUAAAUAUUAACCUUAAAUAUGUUUAUUAGGGGUCAUGUAAUAAUGUAACAACGUAUUUAAUAUACAAGAGCAGAUAACCCCCCUGUUAGAUCUACAUUAAAAUGCCAUCACCCACAGGAAGGCUGAAUGAGUGACAAUAUUCAAUGACAAUGUAUAAAACAGAACAAAAUUUUACCACUGAUAAAAACUGUGAUCCAUGUCCCAGGGCAUUUGGGUGGCACCAGAUUAUUUUGCUAAUUCAGUCUGGGGGCAUUCCGAUAUUAGUGGAUAAGAGUUUGCAGAGUUUUUUAUUUGACUUUACUAGGAAUUCAAUAUUUUUAAUUUCUUUUUGAAAUGGUGAAUUGUGAUAACCUGCAAAGUGAACUUGUUAAACUAAUGUCACAAUUAGUGAUGUCCCGAAUGGUUCGCGAACGGUUCGCCACGGACUCAUCAUUGAUUAAACUUUGACCCUGUACCUCACAGUCAGCAGACACAUUCCAGCCAAUCAGCAGCAGACCCUCCCUCCCAGACCCUCCCACCUCCUGGACAGCUCACUAAGAAUGCAGCUUCACAAUGGAUGCCGUCCAGGAGGUGUGAGGGUCUGGGAGGGAGGGUCUGCUGCUGAUUGGCUGGAAUGUGUCUGCUGACUGUGAGGUACAGGGUCAAAGUUUACUCAAUGAUGAGUCCGCGGCGAACAGUUCGAGGCGAACCGUUCGCGAACCGUUCGGCGAACCAUUCGGGACAUCACUAGUCACAAUAAUCACAAUGAGUACAUGAUCCCUAUUUUAGUCACUUUUUUUUUUUUUUGUAUAUCAGAAUUUUCAUGACAUUCAGGAACAUAGUGUAUAAUAAAUUACAAUGUGUAGAGAGAAACAGAGGCUCGCAGGUCUUCGUUCAAUUUGAUUUUAGUCACAAUUUGCCUCCCUCUCUUGACACAUCAAGAGAAUUAAUUAUCUUAACAUGCAGCCAAAAUCAGGUGAAUUUACCUUUUAGAAAAUGAUAAAGUAACAGCUACACAUGGCUUGCCCCAGAUGGAACGUGAACGGUUAUUCAAUAAUAAAUGUGUGUGAGAAAAUGCAUUUAGUCACAGUACAAUAUUUACAUUUCAGGAGGCGAUAUAAAAACUGACGGAUUCAGCAUUGAGACCUGCAGGAAUAUUGUUGACCUGCUGGAUGUAUCCUUUGAAAAACUUCAUUGUGUCUUGAAGUUUGACGUUUUACACUCUUACUGCAGUGUCCCAAUUGGUCAGACCAGAUUCAAAAAUGUUCGUUAUUCCAGAUGGCAAAGGGAUCCUGUUAAAACGGGUUCAUCUUAACAGAUAACUGCUCCUAAAGAAAUUAAUAUAUAAUCCACCAUAAACGUAUUGAUUUCAGCACAUUCAUAUUAGAACAGAGUAAAAUCGUUCAUUUUACUCCUAUAUUCCUCUGGCUAAUGUGAGUCCUGCAUGCUAAAGUUGUAGUCCCCUCCAUGGCAGUGCAUUGCUGUAGUUGCUGUGAUGCCGAGUUGGAAAACCGCCUAUAGGAAUUUCUCCUGUUCUACCCUGUCACAGACUUUGCUUUUUUUUUAAUUUACACUUUAUCAAGUAUUUAUGAGAGCAACAAUUAUAUUUGAUUUUUUUUUUUUUUUUUUAAUUGUUGAUGGAAGCGUAACUUAACUUGAUAUUAGCUGAUAAUCUUGUAAGAGCUCAUGAGCCACAUGGCCAUCCUGCAUGGCACCCCUACAUUUGAUUUUUACAUUUUUUUUAAUUUUUUUUAAAUAAUCUUUAAUGUUUACUAUGACAGUUAAACUGUGAUGGUUAGCAAAGAAGUAGCUGACUUGACUCCCAAUGUUGCCUACCACGCUGCCCUCUGCAGGAUUAACGUGGAAUCUUGCAGACUCUAGGUAUUGUAUAAAAUGAUUGCCCAAACCUCUUGUAAACACAGAUCCCACGAACAAGUAAUUAGAUCCACGCCAAAUGGCUGACUACACCGACAGACUGAGUUGUGGUCACUUGACAGGAAAAUUACAAUGUUUAGUCUGAAAUUGCCAAACUGGGGAAAAAAAUCACAAAUUGUAGAUAUUUUUUUAAUUUUAUUUUUGAAAUAUUUUACAAUAUGUCGGUUUCUGCCAAAAUGCCUUAACUAGGUGAUCAACUCACGUAAACUCUCUGUUAAAGAUGAAUCCCUAAACAUUACCAAAUAAAACUGAUAGUGGUUGGUUCUUUAAAGUGCACUUGUCAGCUGAUACAAAUAUAUUGAUCUAGAAAGAUGUCUGUAUCACGUACCGCCAUGCUGUUAUUUCUCCUUAAUUCAUUACUUUUCCUGCAGUCUGAUGGGUCUGGAAAACUCGGCCUGAAGGAAUUUAACAUCCUCUGGACAAAAAUACUGAAUUAUCAGGUAUGUUUUCUUUUUCUUUAUUUAAUUUUUUUAUUUGAAUUUUUAUAUUUUUAUUUUAUAUUUGUUUUAUAAGCUUUACUUAAGUUUUCUUACUUUAAUAUGUAUCAAUAUUAUUAUUAUAUUAUAUGGCGCCAACAUUCUGCAAUGCUGUACAAUAGAGUAAAUACAGACAAAUAAUAAACAUGUAUGGAAUCGAUAAAUGGAUAGAUAGAUAGAAAUGAUAAUUAAUACUAUUUUUAAAGUGAACAGGGGGAGGGGUCAGGGACCUAAACUUUUUUUUUUUAAACUAUAGUUUUUAGGAAUAUGUUUGUUUUACAUGUACUGUAUUUAGUUGUUGCCAACGUUGUCAUUUGCCUGUUGUAGAGAAUUUACCGCAGCAUCGAUGUGGACAAAUCGGGAACAAUGAGCUCGCAUGAGAUGAGGAAAGCUCUGGAAUCUGCAGGUAGGAAGGGUUCUAGAAUUCAUUCAGUCAGAUUACGUCUGGAAAUCUGGUUAGUGUAUCUUUAUGUGCAUUUCGAUGGAACGUUCAAAUGUAACAAAAACAAAGACUUACAGGGUUACUUACUAAAGUGAGAAUUCAAAGGGACACUAUAGUCACCAGAACCACUGCUGCAUAAUGUAGUUGUUCUGGUGUGUAUGGUAUGUCCCUGCAGGCUUUUUAAUGUAAACAUUGUCUUUUUCGAAGAAUUUAAAGAACACUGGUUUCGGUUUCAUUUUGGGGUACCUUAAAUAUAAGAUACAGUUUCUCUGUGUUUAAUAGAAUUGUGUACUCUCCUUAUUAUUUUAGGGUUUACGCUGAAUUCUCAGCUUCACCAGAUGCUCGUUGCCAGAUACGCUGAUGAAGAGUUGUCCAUUGAUUUUGAUAACUUUGUGAGAUGCCUUAUCCGCCUGGAAGUCAUGUUCAGUAAGUAGCCGGUCUCUGACAAUCGGAGCUUGUAGAGGAUGUAGAAUGUUUAUAUUCUUUAUCAGAGCCUUAACGUGUAAAAUCUAAUUUUCUUUACUUUGAAUGGAGCAGCAGGGGCCAAGCUUUGGGUGUCAGGAGAAAUCUUUUAUCCAGCUUCCCAAAUUGUUUGCUAAAUACUCGGUAUACACAAAGAGAAUCCUCCCAUUAUAACUGCUACUAUCAGCUGUAGUUGUUAUGGUGCUUAGAAUGACCGUUCAUUCAGUUAACUCUUUACGUGCAUUUUCUCUUUGUUCUGCAGAACUGUUCAAAAAACUGGACAAAGAUAACGAUGGCGUGGUGCCUCUUACCGUGGAAUCGGUAUGUAUGAAAGAGGAAACUGUAGGAUAUAAAACAUUGGCCUCCAUGCCAGUACAAUAAAACAAAGAAUCUCUGCCCUUGCCAUGGCCAAUAAUGGCCUGUUUGAUCCCCUCACUGCGUUAUUGACCAAACACGGAAUUUACUGAAGAAAACCUGAAAAAACAUAAAUAAUUCCAAAUUUGCUAUUUUAGCAUAACAAAUUCCUCAAAAUAAAGUUAUGUUGCCAGGAGGCCCAGGGGCACUCUCUUAUCUUAAGGGGUUAUAUUGUUAUUAAAUGGUUUAAUCCCAAAAGUUGCGCCGAUAUCCAGGUCUCCCAGACGGCAUCCGACUUCUGAAUCUGAGCUACAAGAAUCUGAGCUGACGCUCUAAGCCAGUCAGUAGCUUCCCAUUCAUAAAAUGGUACAUACCCCGAGAACGGUUAAACCAAUUAGGGUACAAGUACACCAGGGGCCUCCUGGCACCAUAACUACUUCAUUUAGAUGAAGUUGUAAUGGUGGCCGGAUUGUUCCUUUAAUUCCCCAAAGUUUGGUGUUUAGCAAUUAACCCUUUCAGUGCUGACUUUUUCUGUUCCGUCAAGCUAUUAAUUUUUACAGAGAGGAAGCCAACGUGAUUUAAUUAACAGACAAGAAUGAGAGAAGCAGGUUAUCAAUAAAUACUGUGUAUGCAACAUAUUUUGCACUCGCAUACAAUGCGCAAUAUAAUCUGAGUAAUUAUGUAACCGUAAUUGCCGCAUCACAUUUAAAUUAACGAACAGGACUGUAAUACUGUAUAAUUGUGCAUGCAGUGUUCUGACAUCCAAUGUUCAUCUGAAAUGGACAUUGAUUGCUGGUUUUGUAACCCAGAUGUUUUCUGAUUGCUUUUAUGUGUUUUUUUGUCUUCCCAGUGGCUGUCGUUUACUGUCAUGUGAUUUGCGGUGGCUGUAAAAAUAAAACCUUUAUCCUGACUAUGCAUCCGAUAGCAAGAAAACGGCUUUGCAGACUGUGUAAAAUACUGCGGCUUUUAUUUAGGAAUAUGGGUGCCUUUGGGGAAAAUAUAGUCUAUUUUUUAUGACAUUAAUCACUUUCACUGUUCACAUAAUUUCAAGGAAAGAAUCUGCUGCCCAAAGGGGUUAAAAAGUCUAACAUACCUGUCCGUGCCACACUUUGGUGGCUGCAGAGCUGAAAGGGUUAAUAUACAACAUAAUUAAACUGUUUGUUGUCGAAAAAGGCAGCAGCACCUCUGUGCAAUGAAUUGCUGACAUUUCUACAGAAUUUUAAAAUAUGCAUAUUUUAUAUAAAUAUAUAUAGAGCGAGAAAGAGAUCUUUGCUCUGUCUAAACCGUGAAUGUCUUAUCAAUAUGAAUGUUUACAACAAGGCUGUCCAAGAAGACCAUUGAGCUAGAGCAGGGGUGGCCUCUUAUUAUCAGUUACCGGCCUUUAGGCUGCCCAAGCAUUAUGGGACUUGCAUUUCUACAAUACUUUUUGGCCACUCCUUUGGUUUAAAGGUGUACCUGUAAUGUUUAAUAUGAAGAUAAAAUGUUAUUGCUCAGCAUGCUGUAAUUCUGCUCUCCGUAUAAGAGGAAGGAAAAGCCUCAUAGUUUCAUAGAGUUGUGCCUCAAAUAAGAAUUGUGUCUUAGUUUAUGCAUACAUGACAUCGGGGGAAAAUAAGUUUUUACCGUCCCUUGCAUUCCUUUCACUAUAGCUUAAUGUCACAUUGGGCUCAACUAGAAAAACUGCUAAAGUUACAUUAGAACCAAGUGUACGUGUUAUGGUUCCCACUGGCCCAGGUCUCCACGGUGGAGCCAAGUACACUUGGAAAAUAUUUCAAGGGACUAAAAACAAUGAAACACAAACGGUCGAUACUGUUUAUAUUACUGCCACGUUCGUGACACUUUACCUCCAGCCUGGCAUGUGUGCCUGUACUGCCUUACUAAGAUGCCCGCGAGGUUAAACUAAGCGUCUUCCAUCACAGUUGCAGCUUGGGAUUGAGAGUUCCACAGGGAAUGUUUAUUGCAUCCGCAAAGCCCUUAGCAGACCACUCUGCCUACCACAAGUACUAGCAUUGGCUGAGACAUAUUAUCAGGAGCGUGUCCGCUGUGAGAAUUUACAUUUAUAUAUUAAAUGCACGUCCAGACACAAGGCAGCCAACCAGGUCUUUAUACUGAUCACCUGACUUAAAGAAACCUCAGUCAUUUGGAAGCAGUCAUUCUCCACCCUGUUGGUGAUUUGUAAUCACUAUAAAAGAGAAAGAUCGGCAUGAGUCAAUGAGUUCACGUAAACUGGAAUUCUAUAUUAUUUAUAUAUAUAUAUAUAUAUAUAUAUAUAUAUAUAUAUAUAUAUAUAUAUAUAUAUAAAAGCCAAAAAAGUCCUUGCACUCAGACUGACCCUGUUAACCUUCAAUGCCGGGUGCUGAAAUAGCCACAGCAAAAAUAUACAAAAAUAGAAGAAAGUGGGCUAACUCUCACGUUCUUGUAGUAUAAAGUAGAAAUCUUUAUUGGGAGUUAUUCCAUAAAAUCAACGUUUCAGCCCACGUCCAGGGCUUUCCUCAGGUUCAACAAACAAUAAAUAUAUAUAUGUAAUAUAUUGAAAGAAGCAGUGCCUCAAACCUUCAUUCACCAUGAAUUCCCCACGUUGGUGUAUGAGUGUAACAUCAUUUUACUACAAAAUCUCUUUUUCUUUACCUUCCUCGGCAGCAAAGAUAUAAAUAUAGUGAUUGGCAGAAAUCAGAGAAUGUAAUAUAUCCUACUAAGCCGGGAUUGGCUGGAUGGGGUGUGAUGUAAUGCUUGUGUGGUUUGUAAGAAUUCUUUGUCAAAUUUGUGUCAAUCAUUUUACUUAUAUCCUGUCACUGAGGGAUGUUAAUUGCUUUCUAUCAUUAAUAGCUGUGUAAUUAUAUAUGGCUGCACAAUCUUUGAGAAUUAUUUUUCACUAAACCAGGCGUUAUUGGGAAUUGGCAGGGAAAUUUCCCACUUUGGCCCAAAAUAACCAAAUUAAUAAAAACCUCAAAUCUGCUUUUUCCCCAGUUUGGACAAAAUUGUGAUUUCCCAUUGUGUUUUUUUUUUUUACCACAAUUCAUGGUUUAGUGAAUUUACUCCUAUGUCAAACACAAGAUUGCUAUUCACUUAACCUUUAUUGAUCUUCACCUCACUAGUCAUCAAAUGUUGCAAAGACCUCGUGGACAGCUCUCCAUAGAGAAUUCACGGCUACCAUUUGAACUUGGUAGACUGUUUCUCAUAAUACUCAAAUAGGUUAACUUUUAUUGCUAUAGAUAUAGGGUAGGUCACAAUCACCUUUGGAAAUCGGAUUACUUUAGUGCAAAUGCCACAUGGCGCACUAAAUUUUGCAAAUCAUGUUCAGUUAUUCAAAUGUUCAGCCAUUUUCUGAUUGUUAUUAUUAUUAUUAUUAUGAUAUUUAUAGAGCGCCGUUAAAUUCCGCAGCGCUUUACAAUGGGUGGACGAACAGACCUGUAGUUGUAACCAGACAAGUUGGACACACAGGAACAGAGGGGUUGAGGGCCCUGCUCAAUGAGCUUACAUGCUAGAGGGAGUGGGGUAAAAUGACACAAAAGGUAAGGAUAGUAUUAGACUAAUGACAGUUGCAGAAGAGGAAUCAGUCAGGAGCUAUUCCUUCCAUGUAUAAAGAAAUGGUGACAGAUUACAGGUUAGAGACCACUUAAAGGGUUUUUAUGAUUAGAACAAUUACCUACUGUAUGUAGCAAACAAACUGAAUAUUUGUAACACAGGAAAAAUCAUCCGUCACAUGGUUGCAAUAUUUUACAUGAAGUAACUAACUCUGGUAGCUGGAUAGCAGUUCUUCCAUUGACAUCAAUGGAGAAUAUUGUUAUCAGAUUCCCAGGGAUAUUCUUAUCGGUUAUACUUGGACCUAUCCCAAUAUGCCUUAAAGGGAUAGGGGUAGCACUGAUUGCUAAAGUGGGGGGCUAUGUUUGUUUUUUAUUUGGGCUUGAGGCUUACCUUUUCCUAGAGAAAUUAUAAUAAAACUUUAAAAUGUGUCUGUAUGUGUUUUAUUUCAUUCGCAUGAUGGCUGUGGCUCAGCAUAAUAGGUACAAUGUUCCAAGAAUGAGAUUAUUUCUUUAUUCCGUGAUGUCAGGUAGACAGAGAAUAAAUGGAUUUCUAUAUAAUUGUGAAAAUACUUGUCCCAAGAAUGUGUAUAAUCAUAAAAUGGCAAAUAAAUAAUAAUAAAAUAAAACAAAGUGGAAAAAUACAAAAUACUUAGUCCUUCUUUACCCAAAUUAUUAAUUUCAAAUUUGAUAGACUACCAGUCGAUCCGAGGUAAUGAACUUGUAAGAUCAGUCAGUUUAAAUGGUCAGGUUUUUUUUUUUUUUUUUU